CGGAUGUACCCGUUUAUGUUGUGUUUCUGGAAAGAAGGGGAGAAGGAGAAAACAAUACAUUUUUGUUUAAUUUAGUAUCGCACAAAAGUCUUAUGUACUUUUUAAUUUAUGUUGGUCGUUUCAUAAAUCAAAGGUAAUCAAAAUACAGUUCAUGUAUUUUUUUUUGUCCAAACGAUGUAUUGUAUUUUAACAAAUAUGUCAAAAGAGGAUAGCCAUGAUUAGCUAGCUACUAGCUAGAAAGGCGACCUGCCCCCGUAAAGUUAGCUAGCCAGUUAACGUUUGCUAACUGGCUAGCUAUAAUGUCAAAAGAGUCAUGUACGCACGAAUAAAGUAACUUGGGGAUUGUCUGUACAUCUGAUGUGAUUUAAUUUCUGAAGUAGCGGCAGAUAGACCACCAACAGCGAUGUAUACACAAGCUGCUGAGUCAUUAGCUAACAUGCUAGCCAGUCUUGCGUAGCGUCCAGUGGCAGUGUUGUCUUUGGUGUUGUGCAAUUAAAACCACAAUAGUGACGUUUGCUAGCUAACAAAUAUAACCGGAAAACAGUUGACAAUGUAGAUAGCUAAUGCACUAGACAGGCAUCUACAAGGCGUCAAUGAUUUCCCCACAAAAGGCGCUGUAGCUAGCUAGUUAGAAAGUCACUUGUGUCGGUUGGGGAAUUGUAACGACAGUAGCUAUCCAGUUACACUUUUCACUAGUUGUGGGUAUUUUUUCAUGUCUCUUCCACAAAUAUUAUCGAUGUGGGAAGUGUAGCUAACAAUUUGACGUGUUGAUAAUUUAGCUAGCUAGCUAUAAUAAUCUUGAUAAUUUGUUCUGGAUGGUGUCAGACCGCUAGCCAGCAAAUUAAUUGAAUGUUUUACUUUCAUUUUCAGAUUGCUGUAGCACCCACUUUGUAAAGUCCGGAAUUGAAUAAAGUCAAGGAUCCUUCAUUGAUGGUUAGAAAAAUCUAACCAUGAGCUUCAGCUUUGAGGGAGAUUUCAAAACAAGACCCAAGGUGUCUCUUGGGGGUGCGAGUAAAAAGGUAAGACCACUAUGAUAUUAACCUUACCUGCUGUAUAGAAAUGGCUACUGUACUAUUUCUAUUGCUAGCUAGCUUCUUCACUUCACUUUUCUUCUAGUCGUGUAAAGUACAGGAGGUUGGUGGCACCUUAAUUGGGGAGAACGGGCUCGUGGUAAUGACUGUAGCAGAAUCAGUGGAAUGGUAUCAAACGCAUUGGUUUCCAGGUGUUUGAUGCCAUUCCAUUUACACCAUUCCGGCCAUUAUUAGCAGCCUCCACUGGUGUAAAGCUAACUUUAAUAUACUUUGACUUUCAGGAGGAAAAAGCAUCUCUCCUACACCGGACACAAGAGGAAAGGAGAAAAAGAGAGGUAGUCCUUUGUGUGAAACACACUUGUGAUGUAAAAUCGUCCAGUGUUCUAUGUGAACUUCAAAUACAAAGUUGGAUUGUAAACCAAACAUUAUUUACUUUCUCUGUUUAUUUAUUUACUUUACUCUGUUUUUCAACUUCAAUAAGGAUGAAAGACGAAGAUUGAAGAACGCAAUUAUCAUUCAGUCCUAUAUACGAGGAUACCAUGACCGAAAACAGCAAGUAUGUCUACUAACAUGAACAAGUUCAUUCUUGGGUUUCAAUGCCAUACCCUUUCACUCUCCCUUAUUUUGCCAGCAAUCCCUUUUCCACAGCCUUAUAUUGCUGAUGGCAAUGUGUAUAGAUACUUCAUUGUGUACACUAUCAAGUGAUCAUCCCUAUAACUGUCAAUGUGUUUGAACUUUGACCCUGCUUUUUUCCAGUAUGCCUACCAGAGGGGCAACUUUGACCGCUGCGUCUGCCAGGCACAGUCAGAAGGUGGACCGCCAAUGUCCGACGCUGCCAUUCUCAGUCUCCUAACGAGACAACUCCUGUUUUUCUACAGACAGAGUGAGGAUUCACAGAGAUUGGUGAGGACCAAUGUUUUUUUUGAGUGUUAUUGAACUAAUGAAAAACUUGUGUAAAAUGUGAUGUCUUGUGAGUGGGAACCUGACACAACAUUUCUGUCUGUGUCUCUGUAGAUAUGGAUUUGUCAGAACCUAGUGAAACACAAUGGGCAGUUUGUGAAGCUGCUGGCGGGGCCCAAGAGACAGACGUGUGUGUUUCAGAUCAAGAGGGUCCUGGGCUUCUGCUGCAGGUAAUGGGGCCUACACCUAUUCUUCAUGAAUACGUUCCGGGGUGAAGUUUCCCCUAGGUAUAGAUCUAGGAUCAACUUCCCCUCCUCCAAUCCUAACCUUAACUAUUAGUGGGAACAUUUUUAAACUGAUCCAAGAAUGGUGUGGCUGUUGAACAAGUUGAGGAGACUAAAUUACUUGGUGUUACCUUAGAUUGUAAACUGUCAUGGUCAAAACAUAUAGAUUCAAUGGUUGUAAAGAUGGGGAGAGGUCUGUCCGUAAUAAAGAGAUUAUCUGCUUUUUUGACACCACACUCCACAAAGCAAGUCCUGCAGGCUCUAGUUUGAUCUUAUCUUGAUUAUUGUCCAGUCAUAUGGUCAAGUGCUGCAAAGAAAGACCUAGUUAAGCUGCAGCUGGCCCAGAACAGAGCUGCACGUCUUGCUCUUCAUUGUAAUCAGAGGGCUAAUAUUAAUACUAUAAAUGCCAGUCUCUUUUGGCUAAGAGUUGAGGAAAGACUGACUGCGUCACUUCUUGUUUUUAUAAGAAACAUGAAUGUGUUGGACAUUCCAAAUUGUUUGCAUAGUCAACUUACACACAGCACUGACCCACACACUUACCCCACCAGACAUGCCACCUGGGGUCUUUUCGAGUCCCCAGGUCCAGAACAAAUUAAAUGAAAUGUACAGUAUUAUACAGAGCCAUGAGUGCAUGGAACUCCCUUCCAUCUUAUAUAGCGCAAGGGAACAGAAAACCUAGUUUCAAAAAACAAAUAAAGCAACACCUCACGGCACAACGCCUCUCCCCCAUGUGACCUACUUGUUGUGUGUAUGUACUGACAUGUAUGUGUAACUGAUAGAUGCACACACACACACUACAUGUUAUUUUCUUUUUAUGUAUGCAAAUUGUGAAGUCUUCUGUCUGUAAUGUCUUUUUCGUUAUGUGUCGGACACCAGUAAGGCUAGCUGUCGCUAAUGGGGAUCCUAAUAAAUCAAAUUAAGAUCAGCAUCUAGGGGCAACUUCACCCUACAGCCAUGAAUGCAUUGAUGAACAAAUCAAUAAAAUAUGAGGUUAUUACACCCCUAUAACAGCGUUUCUCCAUCUUUCCUAGACUUCUGCAGACCUGCAAGGAUGACAGUUUGAAUGUUGCCGUUCCCAUGAGGAUGCUGGAGAUCUUUUCUACAGAGAGAACCUAUCUUCCUGUCCUUGAAGACAUUAAUUGUGUAGCAUCGUUAAUCGAGCAGAUUUUGCACUAUAUGGUACAGAAAGGUAAGUAUUGUGAUGGUUUCACUGCUGUUACAGUGCAAAAUACGUUUUCUUUUGUUAAUGCUCAUUUUCAAGCCCUAUUGAAUUUGACCUCUUGCAUCUUUCUUUCUCUCUCACUAACUCACUCACACAGGAUACUACAGGUCACUUUAUAUUCUAGUGAAUCACAAGCUCCCUUCCAGUCUGGAGUACAGUGAUGCUCCCUCUGGAGCACCCGCUAUCCCCUUGGCAAGCACACUGCUGGAGCACACGCUGAAGCCCCUGCACUUUACCUACUCCUCCUGCACUACAGGCGCAAGGUAAGUUGAGGUCUCCCCUAGGUACAGAUCUAGCAUCAGCCUCCCCUCUUCCAAUCAAUCCUAACCGUAAUCAUUAAGGGACGGACAGACCAGUAGGAUUGUAGAGCGUUUGCCGGCCGAGAGUACUUACUUCUGAACAGAGUGCCGGUCGUAUACAUUUGCAAACCUAUUCUAUAUGUCGAAAUGGGCGAAAAUGACGACUGUCCGUCGUCCACAGGCGGGUGAUCCCUAUAACACACCGCGCCGACGGCAAGUGAACAAACGGUGAAUGAGCGGCCCCUUACUGUACAGACCGACAGUCGGUCUGGUGAGUUUUCUCUUUUUAGUGGGAAAAAUGCUAAACUGACCCAAGAUCAGUGUCAAUGAGCAACUUUACCCUAUUCCAGGUAUAAUAGCAGGAGUAGCGUCUAAAACGACAACAGUCACCAGAACAGUCAAACACACACACACAAAUGAACUGAAGCUGAAGUUAACUAGAACACACACACAGUGUCCUGAAGUCAGACCCCCUCAAAGUUAAACCUUCAACACAUUAAAACCCCCUCACAAACAAAGCAUCCUGGCAUCAGCGACUGCUGAGCACGUGGGAAAGAGCACAGUGAGGGGCUAGGAGCGGAAUGCCUUUGUCUGUGGCGUAUGCUGUUAAAAUUGUCCAGUAAACCGAAAAUGUAAACUUUGGGCAUUUGUUUGUCCUUCGAGUCGGCGGGACACCGUAAUUGAUUCACCAACCUGUUUACAACGAGCAAUAAAACUGACCCAGACUCGGAGGACAGAAUAUCGACUAUUUGCUCUCAAUUUUCAACAUUCUUAAUGACAAACGAGGGGGGCGUUCUUUUCUUUUUGAAGAAAAACAGGGGACAGGGUGUGAGAAACUUGGCUACAUACAUUCACUCCAACGGCUAAUUAUCUGACCGGGGCCACCAGAUGUGUGAGUUACUCAGUCAAAACAGCUCUGUUUGACAAGACAAUAUUGGGGCACUCACAGAGCUGAAAGGAGACACCUACUCGCUCAGUCAAACUCUAUUGUCCCUGUUUGGGUAGCCUAAUGAGUUUAAAGGAUCACUUUUCUUUAGAAACAGACUUUUGGCUCUGUACUGAAAGUCCUCGAUCUUCAAGUUGACUGCUGACAUUUUUUGGGAUUGUGUAAACAGUGUGAACAUUCAUUUUUGAUGUAAAUACAUUUUGAUCUUUUGAUAUCUGACCUAGUACUUGAACACUGCAUUGUUGAGGAAGAGCUUGUAGGUAAGCAUUUCACUGGACUGUUUUACACCUAUUGUAUCCUGUACACGGGUCGUUCCACGAAAUGAGUCCCUUUUGUGGCCCUUUGAUAUUUUAAGUAGAAAUUGUGCAUCGAUAUUUAAUUUUAAAAGUUUGUUAUAUUAAAUGAAGUGUUCUUUAAUAUUGACCACAUGGAAAAUUCAAUAAAAUAUUUUUUUUUAUGUGAAAAAGACUUGCUAAAGUGCCAAAAUUCAGCAUUUUGACAUGUCCCUCUGUGACUUCUAGGAAGAUUUUAACCUACUUAACCUGAACAUUUCUCCAAGUUUUAACUAUCAUUGUAAAGCCCUAUUUAUGUUGUUGCUUUUACAAUGUCAUUUCUGAAGAUUAUUAUUAAUUCCAUGUGAUUAGUGAUUCAUUUUAAGGUAAAAAACAACAACAACCUGUACCUCAUUUUAAGGUCAACCAUGUUACUUAAACUGAACUCAAGUUUUAAUAUGAUGGAACGAUAAAAAAAUUAAUAAUAAUAAUCCAAAGAAAAAUUGAACAUCUAGUAGUCAAAUCAUAGUGUAAGCAGGUGAGCUCGUUCUACUAUUUCUGGACAUUUUCUGAUGUUUUGUGGUGGAAAACUGAGCGGGUUGAGCAUAACACGUCAACCCUGUUACCCAUAGAUAGACAGGCUAGAAAUGUUUGAACAAUUUGCAUUCAAUUGCCCCUCCCUGUUGCAGACAAUAAGCUUCCAUUCCCCCCGUCACAAGGGGAUUGAUGGCUUAUUUAAGAUAAAAUCGUCAACCCUGUUAUGGUCAACCCUGUUACUUUAUUUGGCACUUAAUAGGCACUAACUAUAGUACUUUUUUUAGUUUAACCUAUUUAGUUGGGGGAAAAAAAUGUUCUUGCUAAUUGUAACGUUCUGUCUUAAAGAGCACAUGCUCUUUAAGACAGAAUGUUCCUUGUGCCCUUUAUGACACAAUGUUCCAUGUGCUCUUUACAACAGAAUGUUAAAAUUAGGAAAAAAGAAAUAAUCUAGACAGUUCAUAUGUUUAUUGGUCGUAGUGUAACAUAUUUGUAAAUAUUGAUUUGUGAUCAAUUGGCUUUAUCCAAUGUCAUUAUCAUGUAGUGAACAGUGAAAACCAACUUAUCCAUUCUACAAUGUGGGGAAUGUACACGGCUCUACUCCAGGCAUUUGUGUAUUGACAAUACAUUUCUCUCCCUCUCUCUCUCCGGUUCCACAGGCAGUUUGUGUUUGAGGCCUUCACUGAGGAGUUCAUCUCGGCGCCGUUCACGGAGCAGAUCUUUCAUUUCUUUAUUCCGGCGCUGUCCGACCCGCGCCUCCACUUCCCCUUCGAGGCCUUCCUGGGCUCCCUGCAGGCCACCGUAGUCUCCUCCGCAGCGGCGCUGAAACAUGCGCCGUGGCUCUUCUACUUUGUCCUCUCGGCCGGGGAGACCUGCCUGGGUAAGUGGCUGCGUCCAAAAUGGUACUAUAUUCCCAUAGGGCUCUGGUGAAACGUAGUGCAAUAUGUAGAUAAUAGGGUGCCAUUUGGGACACAAGUUUUGUGGACAGUGUGUGGGGAAUUUACUCUUGUGUACCAGCAGACACACUGACAUGAGGAGUUGGAGGGAAUGACCAGAAAAAAAUCUAUAGUGAUAGGGAGAGUGGUUGUAAUGUUGUCUGCUUGUGUGCAGGUUCAUUAUCAGAGGAGGGCCUCCAGCUGUACCUGCGAGCUCUGCAGGCCCUCCUGCCUCUCCUCCCCGUGUCAGAGAGCACCAGCAGGCCGGAGGUCAUCAGUGACUCUGAGGACGAGGAGGACACCAACAUCCAGGCUCCGUCCACACAGGUAGCUAGCUAACACACACACACCACUAAUGUGUCAGUACAGGUAACAACCAAAUUCAGGAAUGGUACACUGCAGGUCACAGGUAAUGCAUAUAGUUCAGAAUGCCCUGUUACUUCACAGGCAGCAUUUUCUAAUGAAAACGGCUUACAUCUGACUACAGGUAUUGCACACUACUAGCAGACCAUAGCCCUAUCCACACUGCCUCUAGGCACCUCACGAUUAACACCCUGGCCCGUAUUCAUAAAGCGUCUAAGAGUAGGCGUGCUGAUCUGGGAUCAGGUCCGCCUCUGGCCAUACGAUCCUAUUCAUUAUGAUUGAAAUGCAAAAACUGAUCCCAGAUCCUACUGACGCUUUAUGAAAACAGGCCCUGCUAUAGCCUACUUACUGAAACAACUCACCCACCUAUUGCGUGUGAACUCGAUGGUUGCAGGAUGACAGCUAUCGGAUAUCGGUGCAGCUGAUCACGGAGGAGUGCAUCCACAAGCUGGACACCAAGCAGCAGACGAACGCGCUGCUCAACCUGGUGUGGAGGGACUCGGCCAGCGAGGAGGUCUUCACCAUGAUGGCCUCCAUCUGCCACACACUCAUGGUGCAGCACCGCAUGAUGGUGCCCAAAGUCAGGUCAGUGUUCUACAUCGGAUCCAGUUACGUUGUUUGCGUCCUAAAUGGUACCCUAUUCCCUAUGUAGUGCACCACUAGUGCACAAUAAGUGCACUAUAAAGGGAAUAGGGUGCCAUUUGGGAUGCAGACCAAAGGUGUUACAUGUCUUUACAGUGCUAGAAUAUCCGCUUUUGUUUUGUUUGAAUCCUCACCUUAAGUUGUUUCGAGAACCUUUCUCUCGCUACGAUUGUAAUGAAUGUUUCCAAUAUUCUGUAUUUUUAUAUUUUCCCCCUUCUUUUUUUUUAACAUCAUCAUGAAACUGGGGAUAAGAAUCAGCAUUUAUGUGUUGUAAGCAACUAAUGUGAAUAACGGCGAAGAAACUCAGCCGUUAUUGGUCGUCUUCGCCCGAGUGGCGUUUACAACCGGCUGAGGAAGUACUAGGGAUGUCAGGGAAGCUCUGAAGCUGUCACUCCUCGAUUAGGGUAAUUAGUCCUGGGAUGGCUGAUUUGGGUUGAUUGCAUUAGGGCAGGACGUGGAUGUGAGAGGGGGAGAUGGUCUCUGUCGGGGCUGAACGAGGGAGCACCUUCCUGGGCUUUACGGCACCCUGAGGGUCUCUCAACCCUUCUGGUUAAUGGUUAGUAGAGCCAAUGGAAGACACUACCUGUCCGUACUGUGUGGGGAUGAGAGAGUGAGUGUGUAUCCCAGCAUGUUGUCUUUACUGAAGCGUUACUUUCACCUUUACAGGGUGAAGAACAGGGAGGGACUACCUGAAUUUGUCCAGUAAGAAAACUCAAGUUUUCGUUGCAAAACGUUCGUAGGUUCAAAAAGGAAUACGACCCUGUCUGAUCUCAUGCAAAACUUGAUUCAGACAUCUUUCAAGCUAACCUUUAGAACACAAAAUCCCCCCAAAACGCUACCAGAGAAGAUGCAUUGAUUUGCUUACCAAAUCAUUUGGUGAAAUAGGCCUAGAAUCCUCCUCCCUAAGUAUUUUCUAUAAUUCUUUACAGCUUCCUUUGGUCCAAACGCUUUUACCAUAAAUCCUGCCUCUCGUCCUCCAUCAUUAUUGGAUAUCUGUGCAAAAUAAUUAGCUCACUGAGGAAGAUUAAUUAGUGGCGAAGUGGACGGGAUAGCUUUACAAGAGGCUUAGGGGAGCAAAUUGCAUCCCGGGCCUGAUUUACUGCGUUUAAAAAAGAUAGUCUGCCUAGCCGGCCCUCCUGCCUCCCGCCUGACGGCCAGCCCAGCGCAAUGCCUCGAAUAAAUAUGUAUCUUGUGAAAAUUCUUGCUUCCUUCUUUUCAUAAGAGCUCGAUUCAGGCCCUGUAUGUUCUGGAAGAUUUGAGAUGUAAUCUUUAAAUUUAAGACUUUUGAAUUCAGGCCUGUAUGUUCUGUAAGAUUUGUAUCUUAAGAUUGAAUACUUUUUUUGUAGAAUAGUUUUGGUUGCUAUAAUCUUUGUCUUUAUGGUUGGUUGGCUAAGUGGGUGGAAUUUCACUUUAAUUGUUUAGUGUUAGGUAUUUGGUGUAAUUUUACUUUGAUUGUUGUUUAGCCUCAGCCUGAGGUGGUACUCUGUCACUAACUGAUGGUCACGACAACUGUAAGUGCUAGCAAGCCUCUGUCCUUUAUUUGUUUCUGUGCGCUUGCUGUGAUUGUGGAGUUUACAUGAGAUAAUGACACUCGGGCAAUGAGAACAAACUCUUUCUGCCACUGGCACUGACUCGAAGGCCCUAAUGAUUUAGGCCUAAGGUAGUUUUACAUAAAUAAAGCAGAAUUUUAAGCAAAUUACUAUUUGAGCUCAAUUCAAUCCGUACUAUAGCAAGAUUUGAUUAAUUUGCAGCGUAUACCAUGAAUGCAUUCUCCGCUAUCGUGGAGAAACUGAAAAACUGCUUCUAUCUCAAGGCCAUCAGACUGUUACAGUGGGGGAAAAAAGUAUUUAGUCAGCCACCAAUUGUGCAAGUUCUCCCACUUAAAAAGAUGAGAGAAGCCUGUAAUUUUCAUCAUAGGUACACGUCAACACGUCAAUAAUCCAGAAAAUCACAUUGUAGGAUUUUUAAUGAAUUUAUUUGCAAAUUAUGGUGGAAAAUAAGUAUUUGGUCACCUACAAACAAGCAAGAUUUCUGGCUCUCACAGACCUGUAACUUCUUCUUUAAGAGGCUCCUCUGUCCUCCACUCGUUACCUGUAUUAAUGGCACCUGUUUGAACUUGUUAUCAGUAUAAAAGACACCUGUCCACAACCUCAAACAGUCACACUCCAAACUCCACUAUGGCCAAGACCAAAGAGCUGUCAAAGGACACCAGAAACAAAAUUGUAGACCUGCACCAGGCUGGGAAGACUGAAUCUGCAAUAGGUAAGCAGCUUGGUUUGAAGAAAUCAACUGUGGGAGCAAUUAUUAGGAAAUGGAAGACAUACAAGACCACUGAUAAUCUCCCUCGAUCUGGGGCUCCACGCAAGAUCUCACCCCGUGGGGUCAAAAUGAUCACAAGAACGGUGAGCAAAAAUCCCAGAACCACACGGGGGGACCUAGUGAAUGACCUGCAGACAGCUGGGACCAAAGUAACAAAACCUACCAUCAGUAACACACUACGCCGCCAGGGACUCAAAUCCUGCAGUGCCAGACGUGUCCCCCUGCUUAAGCCAGUACAUGUCCAGGCCCGUCUGAAGUUUGCUAGAGUGCAUUUGGAUGAUCCAGAAGAGGAUUGGGAGAAUGUCAUAUGGUCAGAUGAAACCAAAAUAUAACUUUUUGGUAAAAACUCAACUCGUCGUGUUUGGAGGACAAAGAAUGCUGAGUUGCAUCCAAAGAACACCAUACCUACUGUGAAGCAUGGGGGUGGAAACAUCAUGCUUUGGGGCUGUUUUUCUGCAAAGGGACCAAGACGACUGAUCCGUGUAAAGGAAAGAAUGAAUGGGGCCAUGUAUCGUGAGAUUUUGAGUGAAAACCUCCUUCCAUCAGCAAGGGCAUUGAAGAUGAAACGUGGCUGGGUCUUUCAGCAUGACAAUGAUCCCAAACACACCGCCCGGGCAACGAAGGAGUGGCUUCGUAAGAAGCAUUUCAAGGUCCUGGAGUGGCCUAGCCAGUCUCCAGAUCUCAACCCCAUAGAAAAUCUUUGGAGGGAGUUGAAAGUCUGUGUUGCCCAGCGACGGCCCCAAAACAUCACUGCUCUAGAGGAGAUCUGCAUGGAGGAAUGGGCCAAAAUACCAGCAACAGUGUGUGAAAACCUUGUGAAGACUUACAGAAAACGUUUGACCUGUGUCAUUGCCAACAAAGGGUAUAUAACAAAGUAUUGAGAAACUUUUGUUAUUGACCAAAUACUUAUUUUCCACCAUAAUUUGCAAAUAAAUUCAUUAAAAAUCCUACAAUGUGAUUUUCAGGAUUAUUUUUUCUCAUUUUGUCUGUCAUAGUUGACGUGUACCUAUGAUGAAAAUUACAGGCCUCUCUCAUCUUUUUAAGUGGGAGAACUUGCACAAUUGGUGGCUGACUAAAUACUUUUUUUCCCCACUGUAAAUAGUCAUCACUAGGCGGCUUCCACCCGGUUACGCAACCCUGCACCUUAGAGGCUGCUGCCCUAUAUACAUAGACUUGGAAUCACUGGCCACUUUAAUAAUGGAACACUAGCCACUUUAAUAAUGUUUACAUAUUUUUGCUUUACUCAUCUCAUAUGGUUGCAUCACCGCCUGGUAUGGCAACUGCUUGGCCUCCGACCGCAAGGCACUACAGAGGGUAGUGCGUACGGCACAGUACAUCACUGGGGCCAAGCUUCCUGCCAUCCAGGACCUCUAUACCAGGCGGUGUCAGAGGAAGGCCCUCAAAAUUGUCAAAGACUCCAGCCACCCUAGUCAUAGACUGUUCUCCCUGCUACCGCACGGCAAGCGGUACCGGAGUGCCAAGUCUAGGUCCAAAAGACUUCUCAACAGCUUCUACCCCCAAGCCAUAAGACUCCUGAACAGCUAAUCAUGGCUACCCGGACUAUUUGCACUGCCCCCCCACCCCAUCCUUUUUACGCUGCUGCUACUCUGUUAAUUAUUUAUGCAUAGUCACUUUAACUCUACCCACAUGUACAUAUUACUUCAACUAUCUCAACUAGCCGGUGCCCCCGCACACUGACUCUGCACUCUUAUAUAUAGCCUCCCUACUGUUAUUUUAUUUUACUUCUGCUCUUUUUUUCUCAACACUUUUUUUGUUGUUGUUUUAUUUUUACUUUUUUUGUUAAAAAUAAAUGCACUGUUGGUUAAGGGCUGUAAGUAAGCAAUUCACUGUAAUGUCUGCACCUGUUGUAUUCGGCGCAUGUGACCAAUAAAAUUUGAUUUGAUGUACAGUUGAAGUCAGAAGUUUACAUACACCUUAGCCAAAUACAUUUAAACUCAGUUUUUCACAAUUCCUGACAUUUAAUCCUAGUAAAGAUUCCCUGUUUUAGGUCAGUUAGGAUCACCACUUUAUUUUAAGAAUGUGAAAUGUCAGAAUAAUAGUAGAGAGAAUGAUUUAUUUCAGCUUUUAUUUCUUUCAUCACAUUCCCAGUGGGUCAGAAGUUUACAUACACUCAAUUGGUAUUUGGUAGCAUUGCCUUUCAAUUGUUUAACUUGGGUCAAACGUUUCGGGAUGCCUUCAACAAGCUUCCCACAAUAAGUUGGGUGAAUUUUAGCCCAUUCCUCCUGACAGAGCUGGUGUAACUGAGUCAGGUUUGUAGGCCUCCUUGCUCGCACACGCUUUCAGUUCUGCCCACACAUUUUCUAUAGGAAUGAGGUCAGGGCUUUGUGAUGGCCACUCCAAUACCUUGACUUUGUUGUCCUUAAGCCAUUUUGCCACAACUUUGGAAGUAUGCUUGGGGUCAUUGUCCAUUUGGAAGGCCUAUUUGCGACCAAGCUUUAACUUCCUGACUGAUGUCUUGAUGUUGCUUCAAUAUAUCCACAUAAUUUUCCUUCCUCAUGAUGCCAUCUAUUUUGUGAAGUGCACCAUACCCGCCUGCAGCAAAUCACCCCCACAGCAUGAUGUUGCCACCCCCGUGCUUCACGUUUGGGAUGGUGUUCUUCGGCUUGCAAGCCACCCCCUUUUUCCUCCAAACAUAACGAUGGUCAUUAUGGCCAAACAGUUCUAUUUUUGUUUCAUCAGACCAGAGGACAUUUCUCCCAAAAUUACGAUCUUUGUCCCCAUGUGCAGUUGCAAACCGUAGUCUGGCUUUUUUAUGGGGGUUUUGGAGCAGUGGCUUCUUCCUUGCUGAGCGGCCUUUCAGGUUAUGUCGAUAUUGGACUCGUUUUUACUGUGGAUAUAGAUACUUUUGUACCUGUUUCCUCCAGCAUCUUCACAAGGUCCUUUGCUGUUGUUCUGGGAUUGAUUUGCACUUUUUGCACCAAAGUACGUUCAUCUCUAGGAGACAGAAUGUGUCUCCUUCCUGAGCGGUAUGACGGCUAUGUGGUCCCAUGGUGUUUAUACUUGCGUACUAUUGUUUGUACAGAUGAACGUGGUACCUUCAGGCGUUUGGAAAUUGCUCCCAAGGAUGAACCAGACUUGUGGAGGUCUACAAUGUUUUUUCUGAGGUCUUGGCUGAUUUCUUUUGAUUUUCCCAUGAUGUCAAGCAAAGUGGCAUUGAGUUUGAAGGGAGGCCUUGAAAUACAUCCACAGGUACACCUCCAAUUGACUCAAAUGAUGUCAAUUAGCCUAUCAGAAGCUUCUAAAGCCAUCAUUUUCUGGAAUUUUCCAAGCUGUUUAAAGGCACAGUCAAUUUAGUGUAUGUAAACUUCUGACCCACUGGAAUUGUGAUACAGUGAAUUAGAAGUGAAGUAAUCUGUCUGUAAACAAUUGUUGGAAAAAUUACUUGUGUCAUGCACAAAGUAGAUGUCCUAACCGACUUGCCAAAACUAUAGUUUGUUAACAAGACAUUUGUGGAGUGGUUGAAAAACGAGUUUAAUGACUCCAACCUAAGUGUAAACUUCCGACUUCAACUGUAUAUGCUGUAUUCUAUUCUACUGUAUUUUAGUCUAUGCCACUCCGACAUUGCGCGUCCUAAUAUUUAUAUAUUUCUUAAUUCCAUUCUUCUACUUUAGAUUUGUGUGUAUUGUGUGUAUUGUUGUGAAUUGUUAGAUACUACUGCACUGUUGGAGCUAGAAACACAAGCAUUUCGCUACACCCACAAUAACAUCUGCUAAAUAUGUGUAUUUGACCAAUAAAAUUUGAUUUGAUUUGACAUUGCCAAUGUAAAUUGUGCUGUAGCGCAGCUCUUCAGCUCUACAGAUUGAAUCGAGCCCUUUCUCUUUUCUUCUUCCUAGUUUUCUCUUUUUCUGCGAACAGACAUACGUAAAUCCUUGCAUUAUAUCAAAAUAAAAUAAUCUGUGUUUUGUCCAUCAAGGUCAUUUUUAUGGACACACACACACACACACACACACACACACACACACACACACACACGUGACCCCUUUUGAUGCCUGUGACUUUGUGUAUUAGUGCCUUCAUUCCGUGAUUGAAAUGGAGCUUUGGUUUCUAGCAGGCCGUAUAUCAGGCUGUCAGUCAGCAUUUUAGUGCUUUGUUUCCCAUUUCAAUCAAACACCCGGCCGCGCACUGUAAAGGCCCAGAGCACUAUGCUACACCCGGCUCCCCUCCUUUCUUGUACUGACAGAUGGGGGGGGCAUGGCAGAAACUAUUUCUCAAACAUAUUAAGAGGUGUCACUCGUCCCCCCCACUCUGAAGGCUCUUUUUCAAUUUUCCGCCUUUCAAAUAAUCUCUGCUGCACAAUGGUGACCGAGGUAUGCUAUGUCCCAAAUGCCACCCUAUUCCCUAUAUAGUGCACUACUUUUGACCAGAGCCCAUAGGGAAUAGGGCACCGUUUGGGACGCACCCUGAGAGAUUGGAGGCCGACAACAACGUGUGUUUAUGUGAGAUUCCAUCCACUUCCUGUUCCCUCUCUCUCUGUUCUGUCAAACUUGUACCUCUCAUCAUGUGAAUAGAAGGAUAUAGCCUGUUAAGGGCAGGCAUCCUUAUAGGUGACAAUACCGUAGCCCUUUAGACAGAGGCCCUAUAUAUGCAAGGGGCAUUUAUUUAGUUUUAAGCUUAAUUACCGCAUUAGUGUUACCUGGCAUGAACCCUCAGUGUGAAGGAAAAACACAAUCUAGCAGGAGCGAUAUAAAGGAGUGUACACACUUCGAACAAAGAGCAGCUUCACACCUGGGUGCCAUAGGCCGUUAGUUAGGCCGGCCGGAGCCUCGGGAUGAGGGCUCAGUGGGUGCGUCCCAAAUGGUACCCUAUUCCCUACAUAGUGCACUACUUUUGACCAGGGCCCAUAGGGCACUAUAAAGGGAAUCGGUUGCCAUUGGGACGUAGCCAGUGGCUCACUCGUUCCGUCCUUCCCUCUCAGUGUUAUCAUGUAAUUCGGGGAGAGUGUGGAAGCAUGCUGGCGUUCCGGGGUCAUUGUGAGGGCCAUGCCCCCCCCCCCCCCUCUCCUCUAUUGUGUGUCCCCGUGGCCAUUAAGUUAAAUGGGGCUCCUCCAGGAAGCCAGAGGGCCUUUUUAUGACCCUGGGCUGAUCUCCUCCUCGCCAGCAACUAGUUUACUAAUGGAAGGUGCCUCGCCUAAAUAAAGCUUAAUGGGUCGUUUAAUCUUUUUUUGUCACGGAAAAGGGAGAGAGGGUACUGACGAGGGAGAGGAAGGGCCAAGAAAGAAAAUUCCUGGGGGAUAUGCUAUACUGCUGGUCAACAGCUUUUAUUUUUUAUUUUUCCCUCUUUAUGUGCGUCCUCUGGUUGCUUGGGCAAUGUUAACGAUCUCUGCCUUAGAGGGCAUCGAGGCAGAGAGCGAUGUAUACGUUCACACACAGACGUACAGAUUGUGUCAACUCUUUUGUCCUAUAUCUUUGAUAUAUGUAUCUUUAUAGAUCUUUUUUUAUGUUUGUUUACUUAGGUCUUUCUAUUUUGUCCCCUCCAGGCUUCUGUACAGUUUAGCGUUUAAUGCACGUUUCCUGAGACAUCUCUGGCACCUGAUACAGUCCAUGACCACCAAAAUGAUCACAGGGUGAGUUGAUUGAAUGUCAGUCAGAGGCUGUAUGUAUCAAGCAUCUCAGAGUAGGAGUGCUGAUCUUGGAUCAGGUCUCUUCCCCUUGUCCAUGUAAUAUUAUUCAUAGUGAUCUAAAAGGCCAAACUGAUCCUAAAUCAGAACUCCUGCUUUGAGACACUUCAUAUACAUACAGUGGGGGGAAAAAAGUAUUUAGUCAGCCACCAAUUGUGCAAGUUCUCCCACUUAAAAAGAUGAGAGAGGCCUGUAAUUUUCAUCAUAGGUACACGUCAACUAUGACAGACAAAUUGAGGAAAAAAAAUCCUGAAAAUCACAUUGUAGGAUUUUUAAUGAAUUUAUUUGCAAAUUAUGGUGGAAAAUAAGUAUUUGGUCACCUACAAACAAGCAAGAUUUCUGGCUCUCACAGACCUGUAACUUCUUCUUUAAGAGGCUCCUCUGUCCUCCACUUGUUACCUGUAUUAAUGGCACCUGUUUGAACUUGUUAUCAGUAUAAAAGACACCUGUCCACAACCUCAAACAGUCACACUCCAAACUCCACUAUGGCCAAGACCAAAGAGCUGUCAAAGGACACCAGAAACAAAAUUGUAGACCUGCACCAGGCUGGGAAGACUGAAUCUGCAAUAGGUAAGCAGCUUGGUUUGAAUAAAUCAACUGUGGGAGCAAUUAUUAGGAAAUGGAAGACAUACAAGACCACUGAUAAUCUCCCUCGAUCUGGGGCUCCACGCAAGAUCUCACCCCGUGGGGUCAAAAUGAUCACAAGAACGGUGAGCAAAAAUCCCAGAACCACACGGGGGGACCUAGUGAAUGACCUGCAGAGAGCUGGGACCAAAGUAACAAAGGCUACCAUCAGUAACACACUACGCCACCAGGGACUCAAAUUCUUCAGUGCCAGACGUGUCCCCCUGCUUAAGCCAGUACAUGUCCAGGCCCGUCUGAAGUUUGCUAGAGUGCAUUUGGAUGAUCCAGAAGAGGAUUGGGAGAAUGUCAUAUGGUCAGAUGAAACCAAAAUAGUACUUUUUGGUAAAAACUCAACUCGUCGUGUUUGGAGGACAAAGAAUGCUGAGUUGCAUCCAAAGAACACCAUACCUACUGUGAAGCAUGGGGGUGGAAACAUCAUGCUUUGGGGCUGUUUUUCUGCAAAGGGACCAGGACGACUGAUCCGUGUAAAGGAAAGAAUGAAUGGGGCCAUGUAUCGUGAGAUUUUGAGUGAAAACCUCCUUCCAUCAGCAAGGGCAUUGAAGAUGAAACAUGGCUGGGUCUUUCAGCAUGACAAUGAUCCCAAACACACCGCCCUGGCAACGAAGGAGUGGCUUCGUAAGAAGCAUUUCAAGGUCCUGGAGUGGCCUAGCCAGUCUCCAGAUCUCAACCCCAUAGACAUUUUUUGGAGGGAGUUGAAAGUCCGUGUUGCCCAGCGACAGCCCCAAAACAUAACUGCUCUAGAGGAGAUCUGCAUAGAGGAAUGGGCCAAAAUACCAGCAACAGUGUGUGAAAACCUUGUGAAGACUUACAGAAAACGUUUGACCUGUGUCAUUGCCAACAAAGGGUAUAUAAUAAAGUAUUGAGAAACUUUUGUUAUUGACCAAAUACUUAUUUUCCACCAUAAUUUGCAAAUAAAUUCAUUCAAAAUCCUACAAUGUGAUUUUCUGGAAAAUGUUUUCUCAUUUUGUCUGUCAUAGUUGACGUGUACCUAUGAUGAAAAUUACAGGCCUCUCUCAUCUUUUUAAGUGGGAGAACUUGCACAAUUGGUGGUUGACUAAAUACUGUUUUUCCCCACUGUAUGUGGCCCUGAACAUAGGGAUGGUCCUUGAUGGGCUCGCGGGCUCGCGGCGUAUGUAUGAUGGGCUCGCGGCGUAUGUAUGAUGGGCUCGCGGCGUAUGUAUGUCAAUUCAAUGUGCUUUAUUGGCAUAAAUGAACAGGUAAAUAUAGCGAGUCUCUCUCUUCUUCUCUCCUCCCAGGUCCAUGGUUCCGCUGUUGCAGGUCAUCUCGCGGGGGUCUCCCAUGUCCCUGGAAGACUCCAAUCGCAUCAUUCCCCUCUUCUAUCUCUUCAGUUCCCUCUUCAGUCACUCGCUCAUCUCCGUGCACGACAGCGAGUUCUUUGGCUACCCCAUGGAAGGCCAUGGUAGGCCACUCCCUCAGUGUCUCCCCUAGGAUUUUCUUCAGCAGCGGUGGCAAAGUUAGAGUGGAUGGGGAUGAUUGUGUAGCCAACGGCGCCAUCUCCGACCAAACAUUUUAGAGGCUCUCCUCUUGGCCACAGAGACAAAAAUGUUCUGUUUUAAAGACAGUUUCCUGCUAUUCUACAAAUGUAGUCAUGGGGCUGAGAUAAACAAAUUCAGCAAUUAUACACAUUUUGCCAUGGCUUAUGCCGUGUUCUUAUGCUAUCUGAGUGACUCAAAUAUUAUAACAUGCUAUGAAUUAUUUAAAAUGUAUGAUUCUCCUGACUGUUUAGUUUUUAUUCUGGUGAUUGUUAGGCUAGUUCUCAAAGAUUAUCUUGUUAAAAAAUAUAUAGCUCCAUUAUCUUUGCUACAUACUUUAUAUAUGGUUUAGUCGUUUAGGGUUUACACUGAAAACGUUUUAAAAUCCCCCCAAAUUAUCAUAUUUUUGGAAGUGGCGGCAACGAUUUACCUGCGGCGGCGCGCCGCUGCUAAAUGAAUAUAGGGGAAACACUGCUUCCUCCAAACUCUAGUCUCCAAGGUGGCAUCCCAAAUGGCACCCUAUUCCCUAUGCACUACUGGUUUACUCAAUAACUCUUCACUAACACUUCAUUUGAACAAUCCACCAUUAUGAAUGCAUACAGUGGUCAUGAACACAACUUCGAGCUCUUAACAUUACGUGUAAUUAUAGUUUAUAACAACUUUAUGACAUCUAUGGUGGAGAUGCAUGCAAUGUUUUCAUGAAAUGUACAUGGUGUUAAGAUGGAUACAUUAUGAUCACCUUAUUGUCCGUGUACAUGGAAAUUCAUUUUGUGAAUUUGCACUACAUGUAGGGUGCCAUUUAGGACACAACCCUAGUCUCAAAAUCACCUGCCUCUUGUUUUGAAUCGGUGUGAAGCUGACAUUUUGUUUGACUUUGAAUUUAAAGGCUUCUACACAUCUAUAUGUAUCCAGAUGGACAGUCUCACAAAUUGUUCCACUACUCCACAUUGCUGCUGCACAUCAUCCUCCCCCUUGCUUGUUAUUCAGUGGGUAAGAUAUGUAGGGCGAUAUUUUCCCCUCGCAAAGACAGCUGUGCUGUGAUUCUGUGAACAGGCAACAUUCUAAAUAAUGGGAGCUCCGAUACUGUACCUCAUGAUUGCAUUGCAUGUGGUAUGUGUAUCACGUUGUUGACUAAAUCCCUGGUUAAACUAGAGUUCUUCCUCACAGAAAUUGUCAAAGAAAAGUUUAAGUCGCGCAGCAAAAUUAUAAUUUCACUUACAGUGCAUUCGCUUACAGUGCAGGUGUCUUUGCGCUAGGAAAAUGUUGCCUAUACUGUGUUCAAUGGCUGAGUAACAGUGAACAACUGUCCAUUCCUUCUAUCCACCCCUUUUCAGGCCACAGCAAUACCUCCAUGAUGCCUUUCAUGUUGUCCGAGCUGGUGAACCUGUCUCGGUUGCUGAGGGACGCGUGUCUGGGCAUCAUCAAGCUGGCCUACCCCGAGACCAAGACCGAGCACCGCGAGGAGUACAUGGCCGCUUUCCGCAGCGUGGGGGUCAAGACCAACAUAGAGGUGCAGCAGCGCAUCCAGGCCGAGCAGAAACGCUGGGUUCAGCUCUUCAAGGUGAUUACCCCCCAGCACCUGCGUGAUCGGAUUCAAAGCAGAUAAAAACUGUGAGUGUGGCUGAGUGGGUAACACCGCCACAACUCCGCCAAAGACCCGGAGUUCUGCCUCUCCUCCCUUCUCAGUCUCCCCUUUAUAUCCAACUGUUUAAAUAAAUACCAAAUAAGGGAAAUGGGAAUCCAUUCUAAGAAAACAACAUUUUUUACUUCAUCAUUUGGAUGCUUCCUGAGUCCCAACUGGCUUGUGUCCUCACUCUCAGAGGCACCUGUAGCAGAUUUAGAAAAUGGUUGCAUGCUGUAUUCAGUGUCAUCUUGAACACCCUCUUUAAAGGGUCUUCUUUGACUUCUGUUGCUCUGAUAGCGAACAUAAUUGUAAAUAACAAAAAUGUGUUGAUCAGCAACAGUUGAAACUCAAAUUGUGUUAAUUAGGAGAAACCGAGUAUGUAUGGCAAGACAUGGCUGAAUGAGGACAUUCAUUGGCUGUUUACUGAAAGGAAAUGAGGCAGAUGACAACAUUAGGUUAAUUAUUUCUCUCCCACUCUCGUCCUUACCCCCCUCUAUCCUCCUCCUCUCCCACUCGCUUUCUCUUUCCCUGAAACAGUAAUUAAGCGACUUUGGCUGCAAGUCUUUGAGAGAGGGACUCGAAAGUGAGCAACGCUUUCUUUCAGCAGAGGUGGUGGCGGUGUACGAAUGCGGCAAGAAUUUCAUAACAGUUCAAGGCGCGCAAACACCUCCCGUCAGCUAAAAUGACCCAUUAAAGAAGUGGGAGAGCAGUGGAAAUGCAUUUUCCAAAUUGAACGGGGGCUGGAUUUACAGUCGCUUUAACGCCGCUGACCCCGUAACACGCUAAUGUUUGGUUCGAGUCAUCAGCCGUCCCUCGCCCAUCUUUUAUCACCCCCAUUGUCGAGCUAUCUAUUUAAUUGAAAGAAGUUAAUUGAAUGAAAAUGAUCAACUAAGCUUAUAUUAAUAUUGCUAAUGGAACUUCUCUUCUUGGCCAUGUUUGGAGAGGGAUGUCACUGCAGAGUUUGGGAAAGCCCAUUAAGGCGUGCACUUAACCCAAUGUACUAAUUAAGGAAUGCUUAUUCAUUCCUCCGAGUCGGGGGUUAGUCUCUCUCCGAACCCAUCGCAGGUGCCGUGAACAGCGUUUUGCACUCCCCGUUAUUACCGAGAAUACUCCAGUCGUCGCUGAUGACGGCCCGAGAUUGAUUGCGUCCUGUAUGAAAACGAUGUGCGUUAAAAAUAACAUUUCCAUUCAAACAAUGUUGCCUGGUCAUUGUAUUGAAAAUUGUUUCAGGGUAAUUAUAUGUCUGAAUAUUCCUAGCUAGUGCUGGUAAUGACUGGAGUGAGAUUAUGGAAAUGAUCAAUAUAGAUGUGACAAGUUCAGUCACUACACUUGGGUCUUCUAAUCAGCUGAAGUUGUGAACUACACAAAUAUUGCCUAUACAGCUGACAGAAUUGAUGAUCAACUUCUAUCUAACAUUCUUCUCCAAACACUGCAAAGAGUAAGACAUGGGAUAGGAUGCAAAAAUGCAUGUUUUUCACUGGACUGGACAGUACAUGAAAAAAAGUAUUAGGACAGUACAAGACAGACAUUUUUAGUUAUUGACAGGAAUAAUACUUCAUAGUACAGGAUUGAAUAUUCACUCUUGUUUCACCCUCUACUGCACAGUAAGACAAUGGAUAUCACAACAAUUCUCACCCUGACCCUAUCUCACAGAACAACAGCGUUACACUGGUCAUUUCCACAGUUUAUCUUUUGCUCUCCGUCCCGUGGCUGAUGUCAGCAGACUGGCCAGACUGGCCUAUAAUUAACCCUGGUGCUGGAUGUGGAGGCACAACUCCAGCCAUUUCUCUUUUAUACUAUCGUUAAAUACCACACUAAUGGCUCAGCUAGCAAAUUGCUUUUUUAAGAGGAAGCAUCUUAUUGUCGAGCCGCCACGUAAAUAGAUUUGUUUAGCAAAUAAAAUGAUAUAUACUUUAAAAUGACAUGUUUAAAAUGACAUCCAUAUAUCCCAUAUCUUUAACUUUUGUACUUUUAAGUCAUUUAGCAGACGCUCUUAUCCGGAGCGACUUACAGUAAUGAGUGCAUACAUUUUUCGUAAUGGUCCACCAUGGGAAUUGAACCCACAAGCCUGGCGUUGUAAGUACCGUGCUCAAGCCACACAGGACCUGAAAAUGACAUUUGAUGUUUAGUUUCAUGUAUUUUGUUUAACUUUCACUUAUGUAUUACAGCCAAGCCCUUUAAGCCAUUUUUUAUUGGCUUUUAUAUACUGUAGGGAGACUAAGAAGAGAGAGAGUGGUUUGUUCUCUGAGAGUCCAGUGUGUGACUUUUAUUUUGAUUGUUUAUUGUUCUGUAUUUCACAGGUGAUCACUAACUUGGUGAAGAUGGUGAAGGCUCGUGACAUCAGACGUCCCUUCUGUCCGGCAGGUCAUUGGCUCUCUGAAGAGGUCAACAUCAGAGCAGAUAAGGUAACCAUGGGUAACCGUGCUCUCGGCCAUUAGAUCAGACUUGUUUCCCUUAAUGAGCUUAUCAGGCCAAUCAUUAAUCUGGUUUACUCAAUAACUCUUCAAUAACACUUCAUUUGAACAAUCCACCAUUAUGAAUGCAUACAGUGGUCAUGAACACAACUUUGAGCUCAUAACAUUACGUGUAAUUAUAGUUUAUAACAACUUUAUGACAUCUAUGGUGGAGAUGCAUGCAAUGUUUUCUUGAAAUGUACAUGGUGUUAAGAUGGAUACAUUAUGAUCACCUUAUUGUCCGUGUACAUGGAAAUUCAUUUUGUGAGGUCAGCAUACAAAAUACACUAAAACAAUACACUAUAAUACAUGCAAUACAUAAAUACUGGAAAGUGAGCAUACAUAUAGUCCCUGUGGCAUAUUGUUAGGCCAUGUAUUGGACCCACGUUAUGUCCUAUGUAGGAUGUUGUUAGUAUAGUCAUGCUGACUGGAGCCCUGCUCUUCCCUCUCCAGGUGACCCAGCUGUACGUCCCCUCAGCCAGACAUGUGUGGAGGACGCGGAGGAUGGGACGCAUCGGGCCCCUGCAGUCCACACUGGAUGGUACGAUACAAUAUAGAUCCCACAAAAAGUAGUUCCAGUUAGGUUUGUCACGAUACCAGUAUCGCGAUACCACGACUUUCCAUGGCAAAAAAGGAAACAGGAAGCAGACUUAACUCUAUGAUACUUGGAAUUAUUGUGACAACCCUAGUUCCUGCUAUGCAUGAACCAACCACUGAUGGUUGUCACAGAUUUUAGAAGUGCAAUGGAACACCCUAAUUGCCGCACCCUAAUUGGGGUACAGGGAACACUGUGUCAUCUCUGGUAAAUUAAGCUCUUAGGUCAGCUCAGCUGUAAUCUCAGGUAUGUUAUUUUCCUUCGAGUCACUCCCGAUGCCUUAGCGAAGAGCCAGGGAGGACAAUGGGCCGAGAGAGAGACAACCAGGCUCUUAUGCCGUUUAAUGUAGAGCUGCAACCCGGGCCUCCGGCAGCGGGCAGAGAGAGAGAGAGCAGGUGUGAAAACAAACAGAUAACAAUGCGUGUAUGAUCUGCCUAAUGCCACUCCAGCCAACCCCGAUACAGGAUCAAUUAAAUUAGCCUGAGAGUCCUGAUGAGCUCAGCCACAUCUGGCUGUAUGUUUGUCUGCCCUUUUUUCAUUUCCUUAAAUGGACAGGUCCUCGGGUGAUGAAUGGCCAACGUAUUGACCACCCCCGGGCCAUAUUUCACAGAUGGAAACCUGAUGGCCGAAAUGCAGAUAGGAUUGACUAAUUGAGCAGAAUAAUUGCGCUGAAACGGGGACAAUGAAGAGGAAGGGGAGGAGAUUUGCGGUUUAACUCUGCUGUUGUGGCAGUUUUGGGUUCUAAACGGUUACCAACGCUGAGUUUAAUACAAAACAAACGUCUGCUUAAUGGAAACGGCCAGUCAGGUGGACGGGCAGCUCACAGUUGAGUUAAUUAAAAGUGUGUGUUAGUGAGGGAGGGUUUGAGGCAGGAUUGAUCACUCUGUAAUGGGCUGCCUGUAAACAGUCAGCUGGGUGGAGAGAGGGCCUAGCGGGUUAGUGGUCAGGGAGGGAGCAAGGUAGCAGGCAGGCAGGAUGGGGGGGCUAACUGUGGAGAAAUGGGUGCUGGGUGUUAUCGGGGUUUAACCCCCUCCAUAAAGAAGUGUCUGGGUUUUCUGUUCAGUGUCUGUCAUUAGGGAGACUGCAGGGCAGGAGUGUGGGUUUAGGUUCUGGUAAAGGAACCUCUGGGCUCCGUGCAGCCUGGUUGAACAUUUACCACACAGUGCUGUCUCAGCAUCUAUCCACACUGUGUCAUCAUGGAAACCAUUCAUGGCGCUGCAUUGGGCAUUUAUAAAUGGAUGGAUGGAUGAAUUAGAGCCGGAUGGAUAGAUACGUAGAUGGAGGAUCAGAUUGACGAAUGGUAGGAUAGUGUGGAUAGAUGGGUUAAAUGAUGAAGUGAAGAUGGAGGGAUGGAUAAAUGAAUAGAUGAAUGGGUAGAAGACAGAUAGAUUGACUGUUGUAGAGCAGUUUAAGCUAACAUUGUUGUUGUACUGUAUUUCUGUUGAAGAUGUUCCCUCACAGGAAAAAAACAUUUUCUAUUCUAGUGGGGAUGGAGCCUCCACAGCUGUCUGUGUCUGAGGAGAGACACUUGGCCAUUCUGACUGAGCUGCCCUUCGUCGUGCCCUUUGAGGAACGAGUCAAGGUACUCUACAUCUCAUCUCUGCAUAUUGCUCCAUACAGAUGCGGUCAAAUAUAUUGGCACCCUUGCAUGAUUCACACCUUCGUCUAAAAUAAGUUGAAAUUGAAAAAGCUUUUUGUGUUUGCACAUGUAUUUGUUUGAUUUACAACUGCACAGGACCCCCCAAAAAACAAAAACAAAACUGAAAUUGAUGUAAAAAAUGGCCUGGACUAAUUUAUUCAAAAUUCAAAUUAAUUUGGUUGGAGGCAAAGAUUGUAAUUUACUGUGUAAUUUCUCAACUGUGGUAAGUUGCAGGUGCCUACAGGGUAAAAAUAGCCAUUCAACCAGUACAAAUAAAUAAAACGAACAUUCUGCUCCAUUGCACUCCAUUGUAAAGUGCAAGGGUGCCAAUAUAUUUGAACGCAUAUGUAUACUUGUUAGAAAACCAAAACCCUUGGGUAAUAUGUAUGACUGACAAUUUAUUUUCACCUCAGUUAAAUUUGUUUAAAAUAAUAUCGCCUUUAUUGACUACAUCCAUUAGAAAUAGUCCAUUUAGUCAACAGAGGUCCAAUAAAGCUGGGCUGGCUAUAGGUAGUCUGUCAUUAAAACUGCUUGCCAUAAUAUCUCUGUAUGUCCCUGUGGUGAAGAUCUUCCAGAGAUUGAUCUACGCGGACAAGCGGGACAUCCAGGGAGACGGGCCGCUUCUGGAUGGGAUCAUCGUCACCAUCAGACGGAACUACAUCUACGAGGACGCCUACGACAAGCUCUCCCCAGAAAAUGGUACGUGGUUAGGCUGAGGAGGGAUAUGGCUUGGUGAGGAGGCAUAUGUCUCGGCCUGCGUCCUAAUAAUCUCUCCUUUCUCCCAAAGUGUGCACUUGUUCACUUCCCUUCAUGGGUUUGGAUGGAAAUUACUGGUAUAAUAAAUAUGGUAGAUAGUCCCACUAAUCCAUACCUCCACCAAUCCAAUGCUUUUAGAUUAGUGGGAAGGAGUGAACAGGUGCACAUUAGAAAGGAGAUAUUAUGUAGACGCAGCCCAAGACUGUAUUUGUCUUCUGUUUGUGGUCCAUAAAAUCCAGAUAUUCUAGCCGAGGUUACAGAUCCCAUUAGAAAUGAAGGUUAGCUUUCCCAUCGGUCUCUGAAGUAUUGGAUUUCACUAAAGCAUAAUUGUGAUCGUGGUUAUUCUAAUGGCUCGCAUAAAAGCGAGAAAUCAAUUAUUUUAAGUCACCUCUUUUUGUGUUUGAAUUUAAAAGAGCACUUUUGUUGGGGCAUAUGAUUAAAAACUGUAGUAGUAGGAGGCCCUGCCUUCGAGGGGCUGAAAACGUGAUCUAUAUCAUUUAUGUGUCUUUAUAAGUUAUAGCUGCUCUGAUUUAUCACUGUACAUUAAUUAUGUAGAAACGUGACCUCUUUUAUACGCUUUGAUUUGAUUAUUCCUCAGGUCAGAGAAAUCAUGCCUCUUGAGAUGUGGAAAUGGGGAGAAAUAUAAACAUUAAAAUAGAUACACUCUAUAUACAAAAGUAUGUGGACACCCCUUCAAAUUAGUGGAUUUGGCUAUUUCAGCCACACACGUUGCUGACAGGUGUAUAAAAUCGAGCACACAGCCAUGCAAUCUCCAUAGACAAACAUUGGCAGUAGAAUAGUCUUACUGAAGAGCUCAUUGACUUUCAACGUGGAAUCCUAUGCCACUUUUCCAACAAGUCAUUUAGUCACAUUUCUGCCCUGCUAGAGCUGACCCGGUCUACUGUAAGUGAUGUUAUUGUGAAGUCGAAAUGUCUAGGAGCAACAGUGGCUCAGGCGCGAAGUGGUAGGCCACACAAGCUCACAGAACGGGACUGCCGAGUGCUGAAGCACGUAGCGCGUAAAAAUCGUCUGUCCUCGGUUGCAACACUCACUACCGAGUUCCAAACUGCCUCUGGAAGCAACGUCAGCACAAGAACUGUUCGUCGGGAACUUCAUGAAAUGGGUUUCCAUGGCCGAGCAGCCGCUCACAAGCCUAAGAUCACCAUGUGCAAUGCCAAGCAUAAGCUUGAGUGGUGUAAAGCUCGCCGCCAUUGGACUCUGGAGCAGUGGAAACGCGUUCAAGUGAUGAAUCACGCUUCAACAUCUGGCAGUCCAACGGAUGAAUCUGGGUUUGGCAGAUGCCAGGAGAACGCUACCUACCCGAAUGCAUAGUGCCAACUGUAAAGUGUGGUGGAGGAGGAAUAAUGGUCUGGGGCUGUUUUUCAUGGUUUGGGCUAGGUUUUUUCGUUUCAUUGAAGGGAAGCCUUAACGCUACAGCAUGCAAUGACAUUCUAGACAAUUCUGUGCUUCCAACUUUGUGGCAACAGUUUGGGGAAGGCCCUUUCCUGUGUCAGCAUGACAAUUCCCCCGUGCACAAAGCGACGUCCAUACAGAAAUAGUUUGUCGAGAUAGGUGUGAAAGAACUUGACUGACUUGCACAGAGCCCUGACCUCAACCCCAUCGAACACUUUUGGGAUGAAUUGGAACGCCGACUAUGAGCCAGGCCUAAUCGUCCAACGUCAGUGCCCGACCUUACUAAAGCUCUUGUUGCUGAAAAGAAGCAAGUCACUGCAGCAAUGUUCCAACAUCUAGUGGAAAGCCUUCCCAGAAGAGUGGAGGCUGUUAUACCAGCAAAGGAGGGACCAACUCCAUGUUAAUGCCCAUGAUUUUGGAAUGAGAUGUUCGACGAGUGGGUGUCCACAUACUUUUGGUUAUGUAGUAUAUUUCCCCUAUCAUCCCUACACAUACUGUAGAUUUUCUUUUGCUUGUAAGUUACAUUUUAAUAAUUACAUGCGUGCAUGUACACUGAGUGUACAAAACAUUAAGAACACCUUCCUAAUAUUGAGUUGCACCCCUUUUGCCCUCAGACUCUACAAGGUGUCAAGCGUUCCACAGGGAUGCUGGUCCAUGUUGACUCCAAUGCUUCCCACAGUUGUGUCAAGUUGGCUGGAUGUCCUUUGGGUUGUGGACCAUUCUUGAUACACACAGGAAUCUGUUGAGCGUGAAAAACCCAGCAGCGUUGCAGUUCUUGACACACUGAAACCGGUGCACCUGGCACCUACUGCAAUACCCCGUUCAAAGACACUUAAAACGUUUGUAUUGCCCAUUCACCCUAUGAAUGGAAAACAUACAUAAUCCAUUGUCUCAAGGCUUAAAAAUCCUUUAAACUGUCUCCUCCCCUUCAUCUACACUGAGUGUAUAGGGUUUAAUAGGUGACAUCAAAAAGGGAUCAUAACUUUCACCUGGUCAGUCUAUGUCUUGUUUUGUACACUCCAUGUAUAUUUUCUAUACUAACUUGAUUUCACUUCGUGUCCCAUGUAUCCAGAGCCGGACCUGAAGAAGCGUGUCCGGGUGCACCUACUCAACGCCCACGGUCUGGACGAGGCGGGCAUUGACGGCGGGGGCAUCUUCCGCGAGUUCCUCAACGAGCUGCUCAAGUCGGGCUUCAACCCCAACCAGGGUUUCUUCAAGACCACCAACGACGGGCUGCUCUACCCCAGCCCCACCGCCCAGAUGCUGGUGGGGGACUCCUUCGCCAGACACUACUACUUCCUGGGACGGAUACUGGGGAAGGUAAAGUUAUAAAUAUAAACAUUUUAUUGUGCAUUUUAUAUAAUAGAGGAGAGACAGUGGAAAGAUAGAUAGAUAGUGUGUCACAAUAGACAGAUAGAUAGUGUGGGUGGAUUCGAACCCACACUGACACAGGAAAACAUGUGCUGUAGGCUGCGCCAUUGACCACUAGACCACCCAGGCCCACGGGAGAGGUAAAGCUGUCUUAGCUAACAGACAGACCGCUCUGAUUCCAGGUCUCCGUAAAAGUCAAUAGAAAUCAAUGUGUGUGAUCAGUGUUCUUGUGUAGUCAAUACAGCGGAGACAUUUACAUUUACAUUUACAUUUUAGUCAUUUAGCAGACGCUCUUAUCCAGAGUCAAGGCUGUCAUCAUAGACAAUGGAAGAAUGGGAUGUUAUGCUAAAACGCUUGCAAGAGGACCUGACCAAUUUAAAGCUGCAAUAUGUAACUUUUUGGGCGACCUGACCAAAUUCACAAAAACAUUUGUGUUAUAGAUCUGUCAUUCUCAUUGAAAGCAAGUUUAAGAAGCGGUAGAUCUGUUCUAUGUGCGCUAUUUCUAAGCUUCCCGUUAAUCAGUUCCGUUUUUUGCAUCUUACUUUCGGUUUUGUACACCAGCUUCAAACAGCUAAAAAUAAAAUAUUUUUGGUGAUGGAAAAGAUAUUCCGCAGCUGUUUAGAUGGUACAAUGAUUCUCUACACUACACUUGCUUGUUUUGUCACAUAAACUGAAAUUAAGUGAACUAUUUGAAUUUUAUCAACAGGAAAUGGCGGAGUGAUUCCUGCAUAUUGCACCUUUUUAAUAAUUAAGGAAGAAGCACCAAAGGGUCUAGUUAUUAAGCAAUAUAAGGUGUUUGUGUGCAUAUCUGUAUGUUAGCUCCAAAUGAUCACCAGGUGUCUUCAAGCAUUAACUGAAACAAUAAGCACAUCUAAUGUGGUAAUUAGAUGGAAGACCAACCAAUGUGUGAUGAACGUCUAAUCAGUUAAUGAGAUGUGAAAUGUAGUCAGCAUCACCGUGCUCCGCUACCUCUGGGAGGGGGUUCUGCCAUGCCCCCUGGUGGUCCCUCUGAGGGUCACACUGUGCUCCAGACACCAGCAGGUCAUCUGGGAUUGUUCAGAGGUCACUUCCAGUGAGUCAGCCCAGCCUAUGUCAUUGAAUAAUAGAGGUACAGUACAGAGCUAAGGCUGAUUUAUUAUAACAUCUAAUGGCUGUUAGUGUUUUAACUUGACUGCAUAUCAAAAACAAUUGUUUGUCGUUGAUGUCCAAGAAAGUGACAAUUUUGAAUGACAUAGAACUUGGACCCGAUACUUGUACAAUGCAUAGUUUGGUUCAUUAGCCCUAUGCGUAAUCUGUUGAUUGCAUUGUUUUCCCUGCCCCCUCCUCCCCCUUUGACCGCACUAUUUAUUAUAGCCGAAUGUUUUUAAAUCUUCUUUAAUGCAUGUGCCGGCAGAUUGUUUGUCGAUAUGCUGUGGGAGUGUGUGUGUCUGGGAAGGGUCAUCUCAUUCUCAACGGUAGAAGAAUGACCUCAUCACAACCGGUCGCCUCUCAAUUAGGCCUUCCAUUAGCCGAUGAUUCCUGCCUCGUUGUUUGUGUGGCGAUUGCAUUUGGCCGGGCACUAAAUCAGCGCUAGCCCCCGCCGACAGGGACAUAAAUAAGCAGUCAAAGCAUGUGGUAAUAGCAUUUUGAUCUGUUUUACAGUCCGGAGCAUCUAAAGUCCUCUCUCUCUCUCUCUCUCUCUCUCUCUCUCUCUCGCUGUCGCUCUCGCUCUCGCUCUCGCUCUCGCUCUCUCUCUCUCUCUCUCUCUUUGCAAGAUGGUCCAGUCCACUCAUCAGAGCACCAUAACUCCUCCUGGGCUUUGUCCCAAAUGGCACCUUAUUCCCUAUAUAGUGCACUACUUUUGACCAGAGCCCUAUACGGGCCCUUGUUAAAAGUAGUACACUACAUCGGGAAUAGGGUGCCAUUCGGGACGUGGCCCUGGUGUCCACAUAUUCAUCCCACUGUGAGAAAUGGCUAGUCAGCUGCUAGCACGCGCUCUGCUCCCCUCCCCUAUCACUACAGCUAAUGGCUUAGGCAAUUAAGGCGGGGAAAUUUAUUUGAAUUUGACUUUCAAUUAACCCUACCUUAAGUUCCCUCUUUCUCCAUAAAUACGACGUGUGAGUGCUCGUUUGAGUGGUGUAUUGAUAUUUGUUUAGUGCCGUUAUUACCUGCGACCCGAGAGGAAAGAGGGAACCGUUAUAGAUUAGGAUUGCAUCACUGCUGCGUGGAGAGAUACGCGGGACACACACUAAGGCCUAUGCGACACAGGAGAUUAAUAUAGUUCAAUAAUGACCUCCCGGCCUGCCAUUGUUGUGGAGGUAAUGUAUUAUCAUCAGGAGUGGGCCAGUCUGGGGUACUCACUGAAAUGGGAUUGGACAUAACAAUAUGGGACACCGGUCAUCCCUCUUCCUCACUUGUCCUCCCAACUGACACGUAUAAGGAUUUGACGCCACAGACAGAAACCACUUAACAACACGUGUGUAUGAUUUACAUUUUCUACAGACCACAUGAGUAUACAAUUCCACUGAGCAUAAAGGCAUAUUGAAUUAUCAUAGUCUUCAGUAUUAUUAUCUGUGCUCUCUAGCAUCUAGAGUCCAAGGUAAGUUUUCUGGUGUCUCUCACCGUUCUUACUAGUUUCAACAAGCCAUUGGAAGUGAUAGGGGCAGUUCUUGACUUGGGCAGGAGCUCACCGGAGCUGAGUACUGGCACCUCAAAUGCUCUACUGCUUGAGCUCCAGUUCCUCUUAUAGAAUAUUAGGAUGGAUCUCCUGCACCUAAAUAUAAACAGUACCGGCACCUAUUUCAGUCCAAGUCAAGCACUGGAUAGGGGCAAAUGUGUAAUGUAAAAAAAGAAAUACAGUCAAAAUUACCUCAAGUUAACUUCAAACCAAAUAAUUGUGUUGAUUGAUCAUGAAAAAAAUCAAAUAAAAAUGCACGGUUGCUAAAGUUAGGCUAGCUGUAGUUUGCAGUGGCUGUUUAAAGAAAACUGAAAGGAUUAUAGUUUAUCCUGACCCAUAGACUACUUUCAGGGCGAGGAACCAUCUAACAUCAAGUUGUAAAAUACAGAACUUCCCCUUUAAGCUGCUGUGCCCGUAGGGUGCUGUUUUCGGCACCUCUCUUCUUCCAGACAGUUUUGUUGCGGUAGUAAAGAGAGAGGUCUCCUGAUGCCAGUCUCAAUGCCCCACAUCACUGUCACCGUCCAGCCAAGAUCCAGUAACCUUCAGUAGGACAUGUGGAGCAAACCGCCCCCCUCCUCUCUAUGCCUCACACCACCCAUCCAUCUGGGACACCCACUGCCUGCCUCUUCAUGAUAGUACAAAGCCCGGUAUUAGCCCUGACCUAGCCUCCAAACUCUCUCAGGGUGGCUGAAGUUUUGUGUGUUUGUUUGCACCAUCCUCCCUCCCUCCUCCCCAGUGCCUUUCCUCAUUGAUCUCCCCGGUCAGACUAAAAGUUCCCAUUUAGAGGUGCGUUGGGUCGCACCCCUGAUUGAUAGUGAUGCGUUUGAAAGGCAUAAUAUUUUUAUUGAUUCUUAAUGUUGUAAAUUAAGGAAUUUAUUUGGCAGCUAACAGAAGGCAACCUGUGAUGUUGUUGGGUGUUUAUUCUCCCUGAUGGCGCCCCGAUCUGCUUUAAUUGCGUUGCCACUGCACUCACUUAUAUUAAAAGGGGCCCGGCCAUAAUUAAUCCGUUUUAUCCCAAGUCAUUUUGGCACAAUGUCUGGCAAUAAACAACCAUAAAUAAAGCGGCCGUUGAAAAAAAAGAAGAAUAUGCCACAGGUUUUUUUCUCUCCCCCCAUAUACUUAGUACCACCUCUUUCCGGCACUGUGUUAUUGAUAGGUUUCAAGUGGGUAUGCAGCGCAUAUGGUCGAGGAAUUUGGAAAAAGCCACCCCGAGAAAAGCUAAGUGGGUUAUUUUGUAUAAAAAAUAGACUGUGUUUGAAGUUACACAAUUAACCUGUGUUUAGAAAAUAGACUGUGAUUUAUGCCCGCCUGUGUGUUUAAGAUGCAUGCAUUAUGGAAAUGGCCUAGAUUUAUAAUCCAUUUAGCUGAUGUGGUCAGGGUUUUUAGUGCAAUCAUUUAUAAGGACCUGUAUAUUUUAAUGCCUGGAACGGGCUCUUUUUAGGACUAUUCCAGUACAUUAGCUCCCGGUUUUAUGAGUCACCUGCUCGGCAAUGUUCUUAAUGGCAGCCCAGGUCAAGGUGAGAAUUGGCAUUUAUAAAGUUUGAGGCAGGCGGAUUUUAAGGCCUGUGUGUUUUAGACACAGAUUGUGUUCUUGUGUUGUGCUCUUGCUCCGAUGUGAACUGAUUUACUAUCUUAUCGCUUCUGUAUCUGAUGUUCCGGUCACUCUUUUAAUAUCGGGUUAAUGCGUUGCGUAACGUUUUUUAAUUGCAAAGAGCAAAGAUGGCUCUCAUCGAUAUCUAUUGUUGUUAUUGAUUUAUUCUACUGUUCACUGUUCUGUUGGGUUUUUUAUGCUAGUCUGAUUUGUAUGACUUUAUCAUUACCUCAUUUUAUCAUAUUAUUAUUUAUUAUUAUCAUAAAAUUUGGAAAGUAUUCAGACCCCUUGACUUUUUUCUCAUUUUGUUACGUUACAGCCUUAUUCUAAAAUUGAUUAAAUUAAACAUUUUCCUCAGCAAUCUACACACAAUAACCCAUAAUGACAAAGCAAAAAACAGGUUUUUAGAAAUGUUUGGAAAUGUAUAAAAAAAAAAAAACAGAUACCUUAUUUACAUAAGUAUUCAGACCCUUUGCUAUGAAACUCGAAAUUGAGCUCAUGUGCAUCCUGUUUCCAUUGAUUAUCCUUGAUGUUUCUACAACUUGUGGUAAAUUCAAUUGAUUGCACAUGAUUUGGAAAGGCACACAACUGUCUAUAUAAGGUCCCACAGUUGACAGUACAUGUCCGAACUAAAACCAAGCCAUGAGGUUGAAGGAAUUGUCCGUAGAGCUCCGAGACAGGAUUCUGUUGAGGCACAGAUCUGGGGAAGGGUAUCAAAAAAUGUCUGCAGCAUUGAAGAUCCCCAAGAACACAGUGGCCUCCAUCAUUCUUAAAUGGAAGAAGUUUGGAACCACCAAGACUCUUCCUAGAGCUGGCCGCCCAGCCCGAUGGUCACUCUGACAGAGCUGUAGAGUUCCUCUGUGGAGAUGGGAGAACUUUCCAGAAGGACAACAAUCUCAGCAGCACUCCACCAAUCAGGUCUUUAUGGUAGAGUGGCCAGACAGAAGCCACUCCUCAGUAAAAGGCACAUGACAAACCGCAUGGAGUUUGCCAAAAGGCACAUAAAGACUCUCAGACCAUGAGAAACAAGAUUCUCUGGUCUGAUGAAACCAAGAUUUAACUCUUUGGCCUGAAUGCCAAGCGUCACGUCUGGAGGAACCCUGGCACCAUCCCUACGGUGAAGCAUGGUGGUGGCAUCAUCAUGCUGUGGUGAUGUUUUUCAGCGGCAGGGACUGGAAGACUAGUCCGGUUUUAGGGAAAGAUGAAUGGAGCAAAGUACAGAGAGAUCCUUGAUGAAAACCUGCUCCAGAGCGCUCAGGACCUCAGACUGGGGCGAAGGUUCACCUUCCAACAGGACAACGACCCUAAGCGCACAGCCAAGACAACGCAGGAGUGGCUUCGGGACAAGUCUCUGAAUGCCCUUGAGUGGCCCAGCCAGAGCCCGGACUUGAACCUGAUCGAACAUCUCUGGAGAGACCUGAAAAUAGCUGUGCAGCAACGCUCCCCAUCAAACCUGACAGAGCUUGAGAGGAUCUGCAGAGAAGAAUUGAAGAAACUCCCCAAAUACAGGUGUGCCAAGCUUGUUUCGCCAUACCCAAGAAGACUUGAUGCUGUAAUCGCUGCCAAAGGUGCUUCAACAAAGUACUGAGUAAAGGGUCUGAAUACUUAUGUAAAUGUGAUAUGUUUAUUUUUAAUAAAUUAGCAAACAUUCUAAAAACCUGUUUUUGCUUUGUCAUUAUGGGGUAUUGUGUGUAGAUUGAUGAGGGGAAAAAGCAAUUUAAUCAAUUUUAGAAUAAGGCUGUAACGUAACAAAAUCUGGAAAAAGUCAAGGGGUCUGAAUACUUUCUGAAAAAGUAUGUGGAUACCUCUUCAAAUUAGUGGAUUCAGCUAUUUCAGCCACACCCGUUGCUGACAGGUGUAUAAAAUCGAACACACAGCUAUGCAAUCUCCAUAGACCCACAUUGGCAGUAGAAUGGCCUUACUGAUGAGCUCAGUGACUUUCAACGUGGCACCGUCAUAGGAUGCCACCUUUCCAACAAGUCGGUUUGUACAAUUUCUGCCCUGCUAGAGCUGCCCCGGUCAACUGUAAGUGCUGUUAUUUUAAAGUGGAAACGUCUAGGAGCAACAAUGGCUCAGCCGCUAAGUGGUAGGCCGCACAAGCUCACAGAACGGGACUGCCGAGUGCUGAAGCGCACAGCGCGUAAAAAUCGUCUGUCCUCGUUUGCCACACUCACUACUUAGUUCCAAAUUGCCUCUGGAAGCAACGUCAGCACAAUAACUGUUCGUCGGGAGCUUCAUGAAAUGGGUUUCCAUGGCCGAGCAGCCGCACACAAGCCUAAGAUCCCCAUGCGCAAUGCCAAGCGUCGGCUGGAGUAGUGUAAAGCUUGCCGCCAUUGGACUCUGGAGCAGUGGAAACGCGUUCUCUGGACUGAUGAAUCACACUUCACCAUCUGGCAGUCCGACGGACGAAUCUGGGUUUGGCGGAUGCCAGGAGGACGCUACCUGCCCGAAUGCAUAGUGCCAACUGUAAAGUUUGGUGGAGGAGGAAUAAUGGUCUGGGGCUGUUUUUCAUGGUUCGGGCUAGGCCCCUUAUUUCCAGUGAAGGGAAAUCUUAACGCUACAGCAUACAAUUACAUUCUAGACAAUUCUGUGCUUUCAACUUUGUGGCAACAGUUUGGGGAAGGCCCUUCCUGUUUCAGCAUGACAAUGCCUCCGUGCACAAAGCGAGGUCCAUACAGAAAUGGUUUGUCGAGAUCUGUGUGGAAGAACUUGCCUGGCCUGCACAGAGCCCUGACCUCAACCCCAUCGUACACCUUUGGGAUGAAUUGGAACGCCGACUGCGAGCCAGGCCUAAUCGUCCAACAUCAGUGCCCGACCUCACUAAUGCUCGUGGCUGAAUGGAAGCAAUUCCCCGCAGCAAUGUUCCAGCAUCUAUUGAAAACCCUCCCAGAAGAGUGGAGGCUGUUAUAGCAACAAAGAUGGGACCAACUCCUCCAUAUUAAUGCCCAUGAUUUUGGAAUGAGUUGUUUGAUGAACAGGUGUCCACAUACUUUUGGUCAUGUAGCGUAUGUGCCAUUUAGCAGAAGCUUUUAUCCAAAGCGACUUACAAUCAUGCUCGCAUACAUUUUCGUAUGUGUGACCCCAGCGGGAUUCGAACCCAUGAUCCCAGCGUUGCAAGCGCCAAGCUCUACCAACUGAGCCACACAAGAUCAUGUUAUCAUGACCUUUGACCUGAGUGUAUCUAUGACCUUGACCUAUGACCUUUGUUUCCUGUCUCCCUAUAGGCCCUGUAUGAGAACAUGCUGGUGGAGCUGCCGUUUGCCAGCUUUUUCCUGUCCAAGCUGCUGGGCACCAGUGCUGACGUAGACAUCCACCACCUGGCCUCGCUGGACCCCGAGAUGUACCGCAACCUGCUCUUCCUCAAGAGCUACGAGGACGACGUGGAGGACCUGGGACUCAACUUCACCAUCGUCAAUAACGACCUGGGAGAGGCACAGGUGGGCUGUGUGUGUGUGUGUCAGUGGGGGGAGGUAGGAAUUACUCACAAAUCAAAUGUUAUUUGUCACGUGCCGAAUACAAUAUGUGUAGAUCUUACAGUAAAAUGCUUACUUAAAAGCCCUUAUCCAACAAUGCAGUUUGAAGAAAAAUAAGUGUUAAUUAAAUAAUAGAUAAGUACAAACUAAAACUAAAAAAUAAUUAAAGAGCAGCAGUAAAAUAACAGUAGCGAGGCUAUAUACAGGGGGUACCGGUACAGAGUCAAUGUGCGGGGGCACCGGUUAGUCGAGGUAAUUUAGGUAAUAUGUUAAUCUAGGUAGAGUUAAAGUGACUAUGCAUAGAUAAUAAACAGAGAGUAGCAGCAGUGUAAAAGAGGGGGUGGGUGGGGGGAACAAUGCAAAUAGUCCGGGUAGCGAUUUGAUUAGAUGAUCAGGAAUCUUAUGGCUUGUGGGGAGAAGCUGUUAAGAAGCCUUUUGGACCUAGACUUGGCGCUCCGGUACCGCUUGCCGUGCGGUAGCAGAGAGAGCAGUCUAUGACUAGGGUGGCUGGAGUCUUUGACAAUUUUUAGGGCCUUCCUCUGACACCGCCUGGUAUAGAGGUCCUGGAUGGCAGGACGCUUGGCCCCAGUGAUGUACUGGGUUGUACGCACUACCCUCUGUAGUGCCUUGCGGUCGGAGGCCGAGCAGUUGCCAUACCAGGCAGUGAUGCAACCAGUCAGGAUGCUCUCGAUGGUGCAGCUGUAGAACUUUUUGAGGAUCUGAGGACCCAUGCCAAAUCUUUUCAGUCUCUUGAGGGGGAAUAGGCUUUGUCGUGCCCUCUUCAUGACUGUCUUGGUGUGUUUGGACCAUGAUAGUUUGUUGGUGAUGUGGACACCAAGGAACUUGAAGCUCUCAACCUGCUCCACUACAGCCCCGUCGAUGAGAAUGGGGGCGAGCUCGGUCCUCUUCUUUUUCCUGUAGUCAACAAUCAUCUCCUUUGUCUUGAUCACAUUGAGGGAGAGGUUGUUAUCCUGGCACCACACGGCCAGGUCUCUGACCUCCUCCCUAUAGGCUGUCUCAUCGUUGUCGGUGAUCAGGCCUACCACUGUUGUGUCGUCGGCAAACGUAAUGAUGGUGUUGGAGUCGUGCCUGGCCAUGCAGUCAUGGGUGAACAGGGAGUAAAGGAGGGGACUGAGCACGCACCCCUGAGGGGCCCCCGUGUUGAGGAUCAGCGUGGCAGAUGUUGUUACCUACUCUUACCACCUGGGGGCGGCCCGUCAGGAAGUCCAGGAUCCAGGUGCAGAGGGAGGUGUUUAGUCCCAGGGUCCUUAGCUUAGUGAUGAGCUUUGAGGGCCCUAUGGUGUUGAACACUGAGCUGUAGUUAAUGAAUAGCAUUCUCACUUAGGUGUUCCUUUUGUCCAGGUGGGAAAGGGCAGUGUGGAGUGCAAUAGAGAUUGCAUCAUAUGUGGAUUUGUUGGGGUGGUAUGCAAAUUGGAGUGGGUCUAGGGUUUCUGGGAUAAUGGUGUUGAUGUGAGCCAUGACCAGCCUUUCAAAGCACUUCAUGGGUACAGACGUGAGUGCUACAGGUUUGUAGUCUUUUAGGCAGUUUAGCUUAGUCCCUGUGCCCAAGAACACAAUGGUGGUCUGCUUGAAACAUGUUGGUAUUACAGACUCAGUCAGGGACAUAUUGAAAAUCUCAGUGAAGACACUUGCCAGUUGGUCAGCGCAUGCUCUGCGUACACGUCCUGGUAAUCUGUCUGGCCCUGCGGCCUUGUGAAUGUUGACCUUUUUAAAGGUGUUACUCACAUCGGCUACGGAGAGCGUGAUCACACAGUCAUCCGGAACAGCUGAUGCUCUCAUGCAUGCUUCAGUGUUGCUUGCUUCGAAGCGAGCAUAGAAGUAAUUUAGCUCGUCUGGUAGGCUCGUGUCACUGGGCAGCUCGCGGCUGUUCUUCCCUUUGUAGUCUGUAAUAGUUUGCAAGCCCUGCCACAUCCGACGAGCCGGUGUAGUACGAUUCAAUCUUAGUCCUGUAUUGACGCUUUGCCUGUUUGAUGGUUCGUCGGAGGGCAUAGCGGGAUUUCUUAUAAGCGUCCGGGUUAGAGUCCCGCUCCUUGAAAGCGGCUGCUCUACCCUUUAGCUCAGUGUGGAUGUUGCCUGUAAUCCAUGGCUUCUGGUUGGGGUACGUACGGUCACUGUGGGGACGACGUCAUCGAUGCACUUAUUGAUAAAGCCAGUGACUGAUGUGGUGUACUCCUCAAUGCCAUCGGAAGAAUCCCAGAACAUAUUCCAGUCUGUGCUAGUAAAACAGUCCUGUAGCUUAGCAUGUGUCAUCUGACCACUGGUGCUUCCUGCUUUAGUUUUUGCUUGUAAGCAGGAAUCAGGAGGAUGGAAUUAUGGUCAGAUUUGCCAAAUGGAGGGCGAGGGAGAGCUUUGUACGCAGCUCUGUGUGGAGUAAAGGUGGUCUAGAGUUUUUCUUCCUCUGGUUGCACAUUUACCAUGCUGGUAGAAAUUAGGUCAAACGGAAUUAAGUUUCCCUGCAUUAAAGUCCCCGGCCACUAGGAGCGCCGCCUCUGGAUGAGCGUUUUCCUGUUUGCUUAUGGCCUUAUACACAGCAUCUCUCUCUUUCCUGCCUGUGUCUCUGGCCUUGUCAUUCUGUCCCUCUCGCCAUUCCCUCCUCCCUCCCUGCGGUGUUAAUAAUUCAUUUUCCUCACGUUGUCUGUAUUCAGCGCUGAGAGAGAUAAAGCACGUCGUCCGCUCUCACCCUGAGUGGUGCCGUGGGGAAUAGAAGGGUCUUUGUUGAACAUUCUACCGAGCCGGUCAUCAAGCAAUUUUCUCAGAACACGCCUGAGAGGCGCGACUUUCACUUCUUUGGCACGUCCACCACGUCUGAGCCUGGCUGUUUAGACACAGAGGGGGCCUAUUCACCGCCCUUUAGUCACCCUCACCAGUCUCCCCGGGCUGGGCUAAGCACUCUACCUGCUCCCCCUGUUUGCUCAGGGCCUUAACUUCUCUUAUUAGCUCCUCUUUAAACAGGCUUGAACAGUGGCACUACAAUGUAGCCCGCGGUCGCAAAUAGGGCAUCCCAAAUACGAUAGGGAAAACAAUUUGCGGAAGAUAAGGCACACACUCGGAGGCAGACUGGCCUGUAAAUGCCCUAGGGAGAUAGCCAAAGCAAGCAAGAUAAAGACAAUCAUUCUCGGACAUUAGCACAUAAUCAGAAACACAAAAUGACACUCAGAUAGUGGGCCUGCUGGCUACUAACCCUUAUAUGGUUGGCUACUUAAUUCACUUUUUAAUCGAUUUUGUAGGGCAACCCAAAAAAAUCAGGGGGGGCCAUGCCCCCACACCCCCCUGACUAGCUGCUUUUUUUCAUUAAGGUGGCUACUUCAGAUUUUCGGGAACACAUUGAUCUUAGAGUAUCAUAAAAGCUCCUUAGUGAUCCGGAUUAUUUUACUGUGAUUAUUUGGUAUGUGUCCUUAGUCCUCCAAGACCAUUCAACCAACAUACAAACCCCUCCAGGAAGGAGAUAGAUCAGGUUUUGUGACCCAAAGCUCAACAAUAUAGCUGAUCAUAGAAAAUUACUCAAGUAAAAGUCACCCAGUAAAAUACUACUUGAGUAAAAUUCUAAAAGUAUUUGGUUUGAAAUAUACUUAAGCAUCAAAAGUAAAUCUAAUUACUAAAAUAUACCUAAGUAUCAAAAGUAAAAGUAUAAAUCAUUUCAAAUUCCUUAUAUUAAGCGAACCAGACGACACCAUUUAAUUUUUUACGGAUAGCCAGGGACACACUCCAACACUCAAACAUCAUUUACAAACCAAACGUGUGUUUAGUGAGUCCGCCAGAUAGGCAGUAGGAAUGACCAGGGAUGUUCUCUUGAGAAGUGCGUGAAUUGGACCAUUUUCCUGUCCUGCUAAGCAUUCAAAAUGUAACGAGUACUCUUGGGUGUCAGGGAAAAUGUAUGGAGUAAAAAGUACAUUAUUAUUUUAAGGAAUGUAGUGAAGUAAAAGUUGUUAAAAAAUAUAAAUAGUAAAGAUAUCCCCCAAAAACUAAGUAAGUAGUACUUUAAUGUAUUUUUACUUAAGUAUUUUACACCACUGCCCCUGGGUCCCUUGAUCAGUGACUUUUCCCCUUGCUCCACUGGUACCUUCAAUCAUGCUCUCUGGGCCUACACACUCUAAAGAGCUUAUAUUGUGUACAGCAGUGUUGAAAGAUAUGCAUCCAAUGAUGCAAUAAUAUUACAUGCUCCACUAUAAAAUGCAUAUUUUGUAUGGAGUGAAACUCUUUCAGGUGAACACAUUUCUUGACUCUCUUAUGUUUUGAGCAUUGAGAAAGUAAUACCCUAAGUAAAGUGUGAGGGUGACAUAUGGUGGCUUUCGCCUGGUUGCCCUCUACGUGGAUAUGAGAUAAAUGCCUGUAUGUCUGAUGGGUCUUUCUUCCAGGUGGUUGAGCUGAAGCCGGAAGGGAAGGACAUCCCCGUGUCCACGGCCAACAGGAUAGCGUACAUCCAUUUAGUGGCAGAUUACCGACUCAACAAACAGAUCAGGCCCCACUGCCUGGCCUUCAGACAGGGCCUGGCCAACGUGGUCAACCUGGAGUGGCUGCGCAUGUUUGACCAGCAGGAGAUCCAGGUAACGUCAUGGAUAUUCACUAGGUUUGUAAAAUUCGUGUAACUUUAGCAAAAUCCUGAGGAUUUCUGGAAAACUUCUAAUUUUGGGAAAGUUACCAGAAUUUUGCAAGUCUAUUCACAUUACUUUUACAAAAAUGCACACUUAAAGAUACAUGUAAACAUUUUCAUCAUCGAUCUUUGCUUUCCCACUACAGGUGUUGAUAUCUGGAGCUCAUGUACCCAUUUGUCUUGACGACCUGAAGACAUUUACAAACUACUCAGGUAUGAUCGCAUUAUGGAUCGUUUGUAAAAGUUUAUUUUAAGUAACAAAACUAUUUAGGCUCUGCCUUAAUGGUGAAAAUUAUAUUGAGGUGAUACUCAGUGAUAGUCAGUUUCUAGUAGUAGUGACUACUUUUUCCAUGUGCUGCACAGUCAGGAAGAUUUCCACAGAGCUAACUGUCAAGCUCUCCUGCCAACUUCAUGGGACAGGUAGCCUAGUCACGGCAUACGGUUGCGCUCUAAAGAAUAAUUUGUUGUUGAAUGGCAUGGGUGGUGGUCGAGAUGGUAUGGCUGCAUCAUGAGUCUUAAACAGCGCAAACAAUGUCUGUCCUACACUGGAUUCACUCGGUUUACAGGUGGUUUUUUGAAGACUAAAACCCAGGUGUGUCAGAUUAUCAUUUCCCUCUCUCUUCCCCAGGUGGUUACACUGCCACUCACCCUGUCAUUACCAUAUUCUGGGAGGUGGUGGAAAGCUUCACCGAUGAAGAGAAACGCAAGCUGCUCAAGUUUGUCACCAGUUGCUCGCGGCCUCCCCUCCUGGGCUUCAAGGUGAGGGUUGACCGAAAGUUCACUACGUCUGUGUUUUCCUGUCCCUCUUUUCUAUCCUCUGUCUGGUAUUAUAGACUGUUGAUUGUAGCCGGCGCCAUCAGGAGUUCAACCAAAGACUGUGAGAGUCCAAAUUACACCCUAUAUUUUUGACUAAAAGUAGUGCACUAUAUAGGUAACAGGGUGCCAUUUAGGACGCAACCUAAGACAAAGGCCAGUACUAGGGAGUGUUCACUGUUAUAAUGGGCAUGUAAUGAAAAUGCCUGGCCUGAUAACUCCCUCCGAUGAUCAUUUUCAAAUUAGGCUCGGUGAUAAGACUCAUAAUGCUGCCUCGCUCAUGCUUAUCUCCUUCUACACCUGCUCACUGCGGUUCACAACCCUCCUCUGGAUUAUAAGUCGAUUUAAGACCUUUGCCUGACUGUUUGGGCGUGGGCUUGGUUGGCAGGCAUCACCCGCCGGACAAAUAUUGACGUUGGUGUCAGACUAAGCCGGCGGCACGGUGAACUUUUGCACUGUUGGCUCCUGUUUGACCUCGAUGAGUAGUAGGGACGUUAGUUUCACACAAGAAAUAAAGGCAUAUAUUGUAGGUUGUUAGAUGUCUUUAGUUGGGCAAAGGGUAUAACCCCAGAAUAAUAUAUUUUGUUUUGAAUCCCUGCCCCCAAAAACUAGCACCAAAACAUUGCUGCAACAUCAUCGAAAGCUGUUUGUUUCCAAAAUGACUUCAGCCAAGAGCUGAAAUUUGUGCUGAAAUGGUGGAAUUGCGUUUAUCGGAAUUACCUUGACUGUGUCAUCAGCUGAUGAUUCCUCCAAUCGAGAGCCGUUUUACUUUCCUAAUGACUUGAUUUAGAGACACUAAAAUGGUUGGAAAUAGAAAGGAGAAGAGCGCUGCUGAAAUCCAUUAGGACUUUUAUACGCCUUACUUAGGAAUACCAGAAGCUGUAAUUGUCAUAUGAUUGGUUUUACUACUGUUUAUUGCCGUCGUUAGUUAAGAAUACUUAAGUGCUCCCACAGCAGGGAGAGAGAGGAGGGUACAGAUGGGAACGCUCCUAAAAAUCUCCCUCGGUGGCUCAGGCAGGAGGGCUGGAGAGUUCCCCCCCAGUUUAAUGAAUUUGACUUUGGGGAGUGUGUGUAUGUGGCGUUCCUGCCCCUCCCGGUCUCCUCCCCCCCUCCCUGUCUCCUCCCCAGGCCGGAGAGGGGGGGAUCAUGGUGAUUGGUGGGGCGGGAAGGGGUGGGGAACGGCCCCUGACCCUAACCCUGGGCCCGUGCUCGCCCAGCCUUAAUUAGCUGCCGUAAAUGUCCAAGGAUUCAUUAGCGGAGAAAUAGCUCUGUCAGGAGAAGCCAUUUAAAAAAGAUGAUGGAGAGCCUUUUUUCCAGAAUGAUCUCUCCCGUAAUGACACUUUUUCAAUAAGCAACGAUAGUUUAAUACGGUAAUUGUCCGAAAAAUGGGGUCGUUACCGCAGAGCCCCCCAGAACCAUUUAACCAGGCUGGUACGGGCACUGAACCCUACGCGCCACACUCCUAAUCUUUAAAUAGCAGGAUUAAUUCAUUGCUGUAGAGCGGCGGGACGUUAGAAACAGAGAGGAUGUUUCCUGUGGAUUCUGAUGGAAACCGUCAGUGGUUACGCUCCAAAUGGCACCCUAUUCCCUAUAUAGUGCACUACUUUUGACCAGGGACCAUAGGGAAACCCAUAGGGCUCUGUUCAAAAGUAGUGCACUAUAUAGGGAAUAGGGUGCCAUUUGGGACGCAGGCAGUGUCUUGGCCUUGAUGAUGUGAGUGGAGAUGAGGUGGCCUGGCCUCAUCACCAGAAAGCAUCAUUUGAAAAGUGCCAGAUAGACAACAUGAAAUGACCAUUCGCUGCUCUUGCUCAGCUCCCAAUCCCAAAGGUCACUAGUGGGGAAGUGUCACACUCGGUCUCCUUCAAACAUCGCAGCCUAUUUUUAAUUUAUAUCCACACUGAAUUAGCUAAACACUUAAUGUCACGUCCUAUCACAUUUAUUCCCCGAUGUCGCUCGACAUUUAUGGCUUAAUUAGAAUUGCCCGGGAUAUGAUGAUUAUCGGUGACAUCAGAUGAUCCAUGUCUUUCUGUCUGUUAGGGCCGGGACGAUACCAGUAUCGCCAUACUCGUUAGUAUCGUGGCAAGGAAACGAAACACAAAGCGGAUGUGACUUCUUUAGGUAAACAAACCUGCUGGAAUCAAACAUCAUUAUGUUGUCAUCUAGUCACAUUUAUUUAUUUUCCAAGCUAAAGCAUACAAUAUUUUACAUACAGCAGGUUUUUAGAGGACCGAAGAGUUAGGUCUGCUUUAUGGUUUCAUUUUUGCCAUGGACAAAAUAUCACACAAAAAAUAUCUGUCUGUCUUCAAUUAUCCUUAUGUAACUCUCUGUAACUCUGUUCAGCUUGUUGUAUUUCAGUCUGUCUUUCUGUAUCUGAAUGAUACUGUCGUCUUUUUGGCCAUACACACUCAGGUUGUACAACUGAUGUACAACGCAUUUAAAACAAUGGUUGUAAUACAACAGAUAUUUUUGAUAACAGCAAGUCUGUCGGCAUAAAAGUGUCCACAACUCUUGUGUAAUUAUUUUUGUCCGGAAAAAUGAUGUUAUAAACUCAACAAAAAAAGAAACAUCCCUUUUUCAGGACCCUGACUUUCAAAGAUAAUUUGUAAAAAUCCAAAUAACUUCACAGAUCUUCAUUGUAAAGGGUUUAAACACUGUUUCCCAUGCUUGUUCAAUGAACCAUAAACAAUUAAUGAACAUGCACCUGUGGAACGGUCGUUAAGACACUAACAACUUACAGACGGUAGGCAAUUAAGGUCACAGUUAUGAAAAUGUAGGACACUAAAGAGGCCUUUCUACUGACUCUGAAAAACACGUUCAUCUACUUGAACGUGCCUUAGGCAUACUACAAGGAGGCAUGAGGACUGCAGACGUGGCCAGGGCAAUAAAUUGCAAUGUCCGUACUGUGAGACGCCUAAGACAGCGCUACAGGGAGACAGGACGGACAGCUGAUCGUCCUCGCAGUGGCAGACCACGUGUAACAACACCUGCACAGGAUCUGUACAACACCUGCACAGGAUCUGUACAACACCUGCACAGGAUCUGUACAUCCGAACAUCACACCUGCAGGACAGGUACAUGAUGGCAACAACAACUGCCCGAGUUACACCAGAAAUGCACAAUCCCUCCAUCAGUGCUCAGACUGUCCGCAAUAGGCUGAGAGAGGCUGGACUGAGGGCUUGUAGGCCUGUUGUAAGGCAGGUCCUCACCAGACAUCACCGGCAACAACGUCGCCUAUGGGCACAAACCCACCGUCGCUGGACCAGACAGGACUGGCAAAAAGUGCUCUUCACUGACGAGUCGCGGUUUUGUCUCACCAGGGGUGAUGGUUGGAUUCGUGUUUAUCGUCGAAGGAAUGAGCGUUACACCGAGGCCUGUACUCUGGAGCGGGAUCGAUUUGGAGGUGGAGGGUUCGUCAUGGUCUGGGGCGGUGUGUCACAGCAUCAUCAGACUUAGCUUGUUGUCGUUACAGGAAAUCUCAAUGCUGUGCGUUACAAGGAAGACAUCCUCCUCCCUCAUGUGGUACCCUUCCUGCAGGCUCAUCCUGACAUGACCCUCCAGCAUGACAAUGCCACCAGCCAUACUGCUCGUUCUGUGUGCGUGAUUUCCUGCAAGACAGAAAUGUCAGUGUUCUGCCAUGGCCAGAGAAGAGCCCGGAUCUCAAUCCCAUUGAGCACGUCUGGGACCUGUUGGAUCGGAGGGUGAGGGCUAGGGCCAUUCCCCCCAGAAAUGUCCGGGAACUUGCAGGUGCCUUGGUGGAAGAGUGGGAUAUCAUCUCACAGUAAGAACUGGCAAAUCUGGUGCAGUCCAUGAGGAGGAGAUGCACUGCAGUACUUAAUGCAGCUAGUGGCCACACCAGAUACUGACUGUUACUUUUGAUUUUGACCCCCCCUUUGUUCAUGGACACAUUAUUCAAUUUCUGUUAGUCACAUGUCUGUGGAACCUGUUCAGUUUGUCUCAGUUGUUGAAUCUUGUUAUGUUCAUACAAAUAUUUACACAUGUUAAGUUUGCUGAAAAUAAACGCAGUUGACAGUGAGAGGACAUUUAUUUUUUGCUGAGUUUAUAACAAGUAUUGUGCCAAAUGUGUUAUACAAAUUGAAUGUAUAGAGGGCCUCCGUGGCACAGAUAGACCGAUGUUUCACCGGAUGUAUAAAUCCGAAGCAUCUGGUUGGCAUUUCCACUCGCCACCAAAUAUGGUGAUGAGAGGAAGCCCAGUGGCCGGCAGUGGGAGAAGGUGGAGCGAGAUGGAUUUUGGCCGACAUUCUACUAAUUUUGUAAUCGAUGAAUGAUGAAACAUUCGAUCUCAAUAUAGUUUUCUGUUCCCAAAACUAGAACCUGUUAUGAACAGAGUGGACUAAGUUUUGUAGACUUUACCCUAUGCCAAAGUUUCUAAAAUGUGCAUUGUGUAGAAGGAGUACAAGGGCGAAUUGAGUUAUUGCACACGCGCACUUCAAAGAGAGACCGGGUCAGUCAAUUACUAAUAUACUAAUACUCUUAGUAAAAGUAUUUAUCUUCAACUCGCAAUCUGUGGAUUCGAUUAGAUAGAUUGAAAUUGUAUGUUAAACAUAAUUGAAAGAUAUAUGGUGCGCAGAAAUCCGAAGAGGGUGGCCAGCAGAGAUAGGUGGGAUGGGCUGAGGGAAGCUGAGGGUUGGGAUGAGGAACUGGAGACAAGUGGGAGUGGAGUUGCUGGGUGGGGGAUAGAAUGACGGUCAAAGAUAAAAGUAAAACAAAUAAAGUCAAAAUAAAACAUAACAAAAAGUAAGUUUGAAUGACACUGAGGGGCAGUGUUGUUACAGCUAAUGCCUGUUUGCCUGAGGCUGAUGCCGUGCAGGUGUUUGUACACAUGCAUAUACACACUCUCAUUCAAAUGCACACAUGUGCACAUACACGGACACACACACAUGUAAAUAGUGCCAUACAUGCACUCAAACAUAUUCAGUUGGCCUUACUGUCUUUAGUUUUUUGCAUUGUUGUUUUCCUUUGUCUUUCUCUUGGUUGUUGGGGCAUUGGGGACGGGGGCUUGGGGAGGUUAAGGGGCAGCUCUUGGGGAACUGUGGAGGGGAUCUUGGAGGGCUGGUGGCCUGGCGGUUGGGAGCUUGGGCCGGUGGCUGAUGGAUUGCUGGUUUGGGUCCCUGUUUUUGACCUUGUGGGAGAUCUGUUGACGUGCCCUUGAGCAGGGCGUUGACCCUGGUUGCUUCUGUGUGUCGCUCUGGAUGGGAGUCUGUUAGUUGACUAAUGUGAUGUAGUUGUUGAGCGGCUUCACUGCAAGUCUAUUGUAUGUUUGAAAUAUUCAAGAAAAAUAAAGAAAAAAAAUAAAGAGUAGGCGUUCCCUAACGGAAAUAUGCAAAUACAUGCUAGAACACGCUAAUUGGAUCUCGCUAGCUCGUGCUUGACUCUGCUCAACUCCUUGCUUGUUCUGCCCUCUAUGAUUUUCUCCUAUUGGAAACGAUAGGCUGUGGUCUAUGUUUGUCCAUGACCCUCUGAAUCUCUUGUUUGACAAGGUUCUCCCCCCCCUACCCCCACCUCUGUGUUUCCAGGAGCUGUACCCAGCCUUCUGCAUCCAUAACGGGGGGAACGACCUGGAGCGCCUGCCCACAGCCUCUACCUGCAUGAACCUGCUCAAGCUGCCCGAGUUCUGCGACCAGCAUCUGAUGAGGAACAAGUUGCUGUACGCCAUAGAGUCCUCCGCAGGCUUCGAGCUCAGCUGAGGGGGGACGUCUGUCUCUGACUCCCUGAAACCACUGACUCAAUGGACAUGGACGGGCCAAAGAAGACUGUCUGUUGAGAGAGAGCUUAAGAAAGACUGAGGGGAAAAGAUGCACUGAAUUCUCUCUGACUGGGUGGAAGACAAACAGGGGUGAAAGGAUUGUCACCCAAGACGGAUGAGGAAGAGGGGGAUGAGGAAAGAAUGGAGGGGAAGGGAAAAGCGCGUAGUAAUUUUUUUUGUUUUAAAAUAACUUGUAUAUUAAAAAUCUACAAAACGCAUAAAAGAGCAGCAACAAUAGAAUCUCGAGGAUGUUUUUUUUUAAAGACUUUGUGCAAAAUAAAACGAACAGACGAGAUCUACUGUGAGUGUGUCCAUGGCGAUACAGUUGACCCUUCAGCAGAGCGCGUUGUGAAAAAACAACAGAAAUAAACAUCAACAACAAUGGAGUGUUCACCAAAGAUUGAGCCGUGCUGUGCUGUUGGAAGAUGGGUUGAAGAGAGGCACAGGAAAUAAGAGGACAGAGGUGGGAGAUGGGGUGACAUACAUGACUGCAGCACUCCUAACACCCCUGUGUCAAGGGUUUUAAGAGGGUCUGAUAGGCCUGUCCCAAAUGGCACCCUAUUCCCUAUAUCGUACACUACUUUUGAGCUGAGCCCUAUGGGCCUUGGUCAAAAGUACUACACUAUAAAUAGAAUAGGGUGCCAUUAGGGACAUUUUCAACUAGAGGUCAUCAAAACUCUGUUUUGUGACUACUGUAAUGAUUAUUAUUAUUAAUAGUAAUAAUAAGUCUUGUUUUCAGAACAUAAAAAUGCUAAUGCUUUGGGCAGGCUACUGUGUGGGUUUUUCAAGGCAAAGAUGAGUAUUGUUGAUAAGAGAUUGGACUAUACUUUUGAUUAUGAUGAUCAUGGAAUAUUUGUUAAUAUGUAUAUGUGUUUACACCACUCUUGUAUGAUUCCUUUACUCAGUAUUUGUACAGGUAGCUUUCCUCUGUUUCUUCUUCCUCUUGUGUUUCGAAUGAAGGCCUAGUGUUCUCACACACAGAUUAAAGUGAACAAUCUAUUCUACAGUACGUGCCCUGACUGCAGUGAGUAUCCACCAGAGCAUGUGAGCAGAGUUGAGUGGAAAU